AUGCGAUUUCUCCAGCGCUUGGAGAACGUGCAGCGUCUUUACUGCAAAGUUUCGAAUUCCUGGUGGAGAGUUCUCGGUUUUAACGGCAAUUAUACAUUUUCUUCCCAAUUCAUUUGGGACUCGAAAAAGAUGGUGAAGAUACAUCCCAGCAGUAUGGCAAAGGCGGAUGCUAAAGAAAAAGGGAAAACACAGGGAUCCCUUCCAAGAUUUAUAAGCGCUGGGAUUAGUUUUCAGUGCAAGGCAAAGAAACUCAGCGCAGGGAGCGGAGGGGGGCACAGGGAGCGGAGCAUGUGCAGAGUGCCCCCGCGCCCCUGGCCGGCCCCAGCCCGCCGCCCCUGGCCUCCAGAUCUCCAGCAAUGGACACGCCUCUGCCUGGUCCAGUGCCCCCUGCCCGUGGGAAACGGCUGCCUCGCUGGCUCCGAGAGCGGGAUUCCGGCCCCAGCUGCACCCGCUUGCUGGAAGGGGGCGCUCAGAGCACAGCCGGCUGCGGAGGGCGGCGACUGGGGCCGGGGCGGAGCUGAGCUCCGGGCCGCGGCGGCUCCUGGGGGCCGAGGCGAGAGGGCGAUCUGCCGGGGCUGCGACGGCUGCAGGGACCGCGCAACAGGUAGGGGCCGAGAGGGAGACAUCGCGACAGCGGGAAGGGCCCGGCCGGGGCGCCCCCUUCCCUCCGCGCCGUCGGGGCUUCCACUUCGUUCCCGUCCGCCCGAGAAAGCGCUGCCCCCGGGGCUCGUGUGGAAACUUCUCCGACGCGGCCCCGGCUCCUCCCUCCGCGGCUUGAGCUGCGUGGGCAACUGGUCUCCCCAUCCGCAGCGGGAGAUCGCGGGUUGCUAUCCUGGCCAGCUCCCCACCCAUCCCGCCCCGUUGGCUUAGGGACGCCAGGCUGAGCUUCCGAGUCGGAGGAGGUUUCCCUAAGGCAGCACGCGCGCCCAGGACAUCACCAUGGUUUCCCACAGUUCCCCUGGGUCCAGGGGUCUUACGCCCUGGUAGUCCUCCUCGGUCCUGGUCUGGAUCGCACCUAGGCGAUCUUGCUUUUGGCUACUGGUCCGUACUCCUAGGAACACUAGUUUGCUCCCCGCCCCCAGGUGACAACACCCUAUAUAGGAAUUCUGGGGACAGCAUUGUUAUUUAGCGGGUCUGACUCUGGCUACUCAUUCCGACCCUCCUUCACCCAAGUACAGACGACCCAUGACUGACAUGUCCCUUAGGGCGGAUUUCAGUAUGACAGUUGAUGCUCAUGGGGCGGCCUUUUCUUACAGAAGGAAAAGUUACAUCAGAAUCUUUUGGGUUUUUUGGGAAGUGUGUGUGUGUGUGUGUGUGAGAGAGAGAGAGAGAUCCUAUGGUUAGACUCUAGAAACAGGUAUGUAGAGAGAUGCUCAAAUAUUAGAAGCAGGAAGGGCUUUCUUGUUGAUUGGAGAUCUACUACAGGCUAUUGGGUAACAGCUAAAUUCGACCAAAAAAGGUCAAAGAGUUUGUGUGUAUGGUUUUUUGUUUGUUAUAUGUACAGUGGUACCUUGGUUUAAGAAUAGCUCUGUUUACGAAGUCCGCAAAACCGGAAGUAGUGUCCCGCUUUGUAAACUUUACCUCGGUCUAAGAACAGAAUCCGAAUGGUGGAAGGACAUCGGCGGUGGGAGGCCUCAUUAGGGAAAGCAUGCCUCGGGUUAAGAACGGUUUCGGUUUAAGAACAGACCUCUGGAACGGAUUAUUCGUAAACCGAGGUACCACUGUAUAUUGAGCUGCGAUUGCAAGAUUGCAAGAUUUAGAGCUACAGUUCGUGAACCGAACUGUAGAGUUUGUGAACCGAAUAGUUUGUAACCAGGGCUGUUUUUAAACGAGGUACCACUGUACUGCCAUUUCUUGUCUAUUAUUAGUUGUGAUUGUGCAUACUUCUUUGUGUAUCUGCCCUGAAUCUUUGGGAUGGGAUAAGUGAAACAUUUCAACAAAUAAGAGCAUUCUUCUCCUGCCCGACACAACAGUGCAGCCUUCCUCUGGAUUCUUCUCACUCCCAAGAACCUCCCUGGAACAAGUAGGUGGGUCUCUUGAGCCCUCCAUAUUCCAGGCAAUUUGCCUUUUAACAUAAUGGGAUGUACAUUGAGACCACCGUGGAGUUCAGAGUUGAAUUCAUGUUUUCCAGGUCACAGUCCAGCACUCAUGGUUUGCACAUCGCAGGAUAGCAAAUCUUACUGAACAUCUAUCAUGUUCUAAUUAGUUUAAAAUCAGUAUUUAAAAUGUCACCUAAUUGAUUCUUGGGAAUAGCAUGGGAGAGUGCAACUUAGAUACAUAUCUUUCUGCCCUGGAACCCACUUCACACAUUACCAAAUUCCUGCACGUCAAUUAUGUGGUCCUCAAGUGCAAAAGUGAUCCCACUUGUGUGGGAAUUGCUGUGUGUAGAUGACGCAUGUGUGCAGCCUUGGCAUCAUACUGUGGCAUCUGCCAGUGCUCAGGUGCCCUGGGAGGUCCUACUGGGGCUGGCACCCUGGGUAGCCCACAUACAGGCCACCUGUUAUGGGCGUCUCAGUGGAGUGCUCCUGCAGUCACUAACUCCCCCACACUUACUUAUGGGGAUAUGUGAUAAUCGUAGCUGCUCCUUACAGAGUCUCUUCCUACAUAAACUGACCCUGGACUCUGCACUCAUCUUCCAAGAGGUAUGGAGGGUGGCAGCACGAGAACGGGGCCUUUUCUGCAGUGGCUCCUUGUUUGUGGAAUGCUCUCCUCAGAGAGGCUUGCCUGUCACCUUUAUUAUACAUCUUUAGAUGUUUUCAACCAGGCCUUUGGCUGAUUAAUAUUCUAUGGCUUUUUCAAUGUGUCUGUGGGAAGGGAGGUUAUUGUUUUGCUGUUUUCUUUUACUUAUUUACUUGUUUUUAUUCUGCAUUUUAUUCUUUGAACCGUCCUGAGAUCUUGUGAUGGAGGGCGGUAUAUAAAUUUAAUAAAAACAAAUAAAUGAAAAUAAGCCAGGGCCGGUACUAUCAUUAGGUAAACUAGGCAGCUGCCUCGGGCACAGCGCUCAAAGAGGUGCAGUAUUGACCUUUCCGGAGCAUAGUUUUAUAUAGAUUAGUUUUUGUUAGUGUUUGUAAAUUUCUGAUAAUAUUGUAGUUUUAUAUUUUGAAGAAUUUUAUCAUUUGUACAAGACAUCUGUUUUUGAAAACUGAAGUUAGCAAUUUUUUUGAGUGCUGCUGCUGCUGCAAGUAGUUAGCCUUCCCAAGGGUGCAAAAUAGCUUGGCACCCCUGCACUGGGGUCAGCCCCCUCACUUACAACCACAGGGGGAGAAGCUGGUGGCAGCACCAAGGUUCAUCCACAAGUUUGUGAGGGAGAGACUGUGGCAUGGGGACUGCAGUUGGCACUGGGGGUGCCCACCUUGAACAGCUUGCCCAUGCCACCCAAAAAAUCUGAAGCCCGGCUUGCGCUUGUGUGUAGAAUCAUCGCAUGCUACUAUAUGUGACUUGCAUGUAGGAAUUCUACAACCUGUGAACAGAGCCUGAGUGACUUCAGUUUUGCAUUCCUUGCAAUGCUGCUUUUAGUCUCUAUUCAUAUUCCCUGUGCUUGUCAUUUCCUUGGCAAAAGGGUGAGGAAAGGAGCUGUAGCUCAGCCGUUGCUUAUUCAAUGGCCUAAUAUUUUAAUCUAACUAGAAAAGGAUCAUAGCAGCGUAUAGGAUGCUGGAAGAGUGAAUUCUGGGUUUCUUAAACCUGAGUUUCGGAAUUAGGGAGCCUGCAGUAGUCUGGAAGGGAUAGGGUUGCAAAGAGAUGUAGGCCUCACCACAAAGCUCUGCUGAGUGCGUUCCUCAGAACAAGUUUCCUCUCGCUGUGGAAAGAACGGUGUCACCGGCGCCCACGUAAAGCGCUCUCCUCUGCGUUUGCGUGCAGCUUUAGCUGGUGCUGGCCUUACUUGGCUCAAGCUGUUUCAUAAGAGCUUGGGGGCAUUUCUGCCAUAUGGACCUGCUGCGAAGAGCAGCUGUCAAGCCUACAGGGUGGGCCACACCAGUGCUGAGAACAGCAGUACAGCUAUUUCCUAAAUCUUCGCAGCAACACUUUUGCCAAGAUGCCCUAAAGUAAGCAUUAGGCUUUCAGCACCGAAUAAGCAACAUUGCUUAUUCAUGUCCUUACGGAGAUCAACGCUCUGAAUGUUUGCAGCAGUGCCAUUCUUAAGGAUAUGUGCAGAUGAAAACAUUUAUGUCAUUAAAAGGUUUGUAGAGCCCCCAUUAUAUCAUGUGGCCCAUCAUCUGCAGUGCUAUAGGCACUUACCCAGGAGGAAUUCCUACUGACUUCAGUGGGACUUACUUCUGAGUAGAUAGCCAUAGGAUUACGCUUUGUCCGUUGUUAAAUAGGCACUAGCCUUCUUGCAACGUUUCUUGUUUUAUCUGAACAAAUGUCACACAGUGUCCUUCAUCCCAGCUAUUAUCUGAACCCCCACUUCCCUCGUUAUUAGGGCCCUUUUCUCUAUUAAGGAUUUACAAGGGUCUACUUAUAGUCAUGUGGGAUGGGGGUGGCGCUGUGGGUUAAACCACAGAGCCUAGAACUUGCCGAUCAGAAGGUCGGCGGUUCGAAUCCCCAUGAUGGGGUGAGCUCCUGUUGCUCGGUCCCUGCUCCUGCCAACCUAGCAGUUCGAAAGCAUGUCAAAGUGCAAGUAGAUAAAUAGGUACCGCUCCAGCGGAAAGGUAAACGGCGUUUCCGUGCCCUGCUCUGGUUUUGCCAGAAGCAGCUUAGUUAUGCUGGCCACAUGACCCUGAAGCUGUAUGCCGGCUCCGUGAGAUGAGCGCCACAACCCCAGAGUUGUCAGCGACUGGACCUAAUGGUCAGGGGUACCUUUACCUUUUACUUAUUUGCCACAGCCAUCUUUCUUUUGUUUGUGUAGAAGGGAGGGACUUUAUUUAUUUCUUAUUUAAAAUAUUGCUAAGCCAUAGCUCUCCCAAUGCAAUGCAUGAAAAAGAAAACCCAGACUGAACUGAGCCCCCUGGCUAGUUUCAUGAUCCCACUGAUCCGUCUCUCGCAAGUUUCUUCUCCCUGCUCCCCUUUUUUGGCACAUGCUGUAAAAGUUGUUGCACUGCACUAAACCACAUUUUUGUCUUUGUGUUAAGUCUCUCAUGUCUGAACUCAACACACAACGUGUUUUCCAUUUCCCCUGGUGUUGUCACCCGCAACUUCCAUAAAUGUUUUCUCUAGUAUGCACAAGUCAUUUGGGUGAAUUGUACUGGCCCGGUGCUCUCAAGAGCCUUGCCUACUGUGUCUCUCCGUGGCUUUCAGAUUUUGACUGCAAAACUACUUAUUGGCAUAAAGGAACUGCUCAUGUGCUACAUAGGUAAAGUUUUUGAUUUGAUUCCCAUUAUAUCUGAGUCAUACAUUGGAGAAUUACUGCUAGUCAUAGCUGACAGUUCAGAACUAGCUGGCUUAUGAACAUGCUGUGCUCCUAAACCCUAAGUAUACUGACUUGGAAGCCAGUUGGGGCGGCUGAUUUUCUUCCAGGUAAACAGGUUUUGAGUUAUUGUGUUCCUUUCUUAUCUUUUCUCUUCUCCCCCAUCCCCAUUUUUCCCCUUUCUUUUAAGUUAACCCUUUGAAGUGUUAGGGGAUUUGACAGUAUUGUUGAGGGUACUUACAUGUUAUUAAACAGGUGUUCAAAAUAGUCACUUUGUGUUGCACUGUGUGUUUAUAACAUGCCCCACCUCUCUCUCUGAUUUUUUUUCUAAGUGACUUUCAGUACAUGGCGGUAUGCGGAGAUGUUUUCUCGCCACAAGUAAACAAGCUCUUGAAAUGCAGGCUGUGAUCUGGGGUGUAAGAUCCACUGAGUGCAGUGGGACUUACUUCUGAGUAAGCGUGCCUAGGAUUGCACAGUCCAGUUGGUUUCACCAUGACCUUGAUUUUGUAGCCAUUGUCCAAUCAGGACUUUGAGAAGAGCCAGCACACAAAUUGGCACUGAAUUUUGUCACCCAAAAGCUACAGGCAGGUCUGUGUUCCUAAGUCAGGUGUAGGUAGCUCCAUCUGUAGAUUUAUGGUCAGUUGUUUUUAGUAUGGUUGAAAGCUAUACCAUUGAGCUUUCUCACCAGAGUGAACUCAGGUUUUCAUGACAGCACAGGAGAGGAGACUGCUUUAGAACUAUGCAGGACGAGGAGCAUGGAUGACAAAGCUAGUUCUGCCUUGAAUUUGGUAAAUCCUUCCCCUGCUUAUCAUCAGUAGCUUCCAGUGGUUGUACGUGCUGAUGUCACCUGUUUGUGGUGUGGCUUUUAAAAUCCAGGUGAUUGCAGAUGGGAAGGGAAGAUAUAAUUUGUAUCUAGGAACAUGUGCUGCCUCUAGGCAAGCUCCAAGAGCCUCCAAGAGCCAGUUAUCAACAGAAGUAAAAAUAUAUACUGCUCCAUAAUGCUUAGUUUCAUUCAUUGAUGUGAUUGUGGGCCAUGUGGCUGGUGACCCACCUUUUUUGGCUGAGCUGGCGUUUCUCGUAGAGUCUUGCCUAUAUGGAAGUGGUUAUCUUUUUCUGAAUGCUCUGUCAUGGGCACAAAGUACAGUUCAGCAUUUCACUCUCGGUCUGCUUCAGGAUUGUUUGCAGUGGUAGUUUGUACCUGUGAUGGAACACUCAUCUUCACCACUGACACAUCGGUGCCCACGCAGAUAGAAACUAAGUGGCAGGCUUUGUACCCAAAAGUUGAAGAGAAUAGCUUCUCAGUGCAUUUCAGGAACAGAGCCAAAAUAUAUGUAUGUUAUGAACUAGCCAAACAAGCUGCUGCAGACUCAGAGCGACACUCAGAGAGAGCCCAAAUUUAAAGGCUAAAGGCAUUCCUUGGGAUAUGGUCCCUCAUCGGUGCUAGAAGGAUGCAGUGAAGCUGCCACAUGAGGUAGGCUUUGAAGAUGCAUGAUUUGGCUUUCUUAAAUAUACUGCCUAGGGUGGAUGGUACCUUUUGAAUGUUCUCUGUAAACGAAUAAGGAUGACAGGGACUUACUUGCACCAUCUUUCCUGCUUGCAUCAAAUCUGCAGCUGAGGAUCUCCCUUGGCAUCCUCCAGUUUCUAGCAGCAUUGCUGUACAGUUGAGUCAUCAGCCCCUCUGAGAAAAUUAGGUCCAGUUGUAUGGAGCGGAAUAUCGGUGGAAUGGGGAACAUAGGCUUCAUUGUACUUGUGAAACCCUUGAUUUUCUGGUUUUGGCACUUAAGUGAUGCAAGAUCUUAGGUCUGACUUAGCAACACAUUUGGUAUUAAUUUUGUGACACAGAGCCUGAUGGGAGAUUAUCCUAGCACUAGUAGCUGCAAAGGAGCACUCCCUCCUAAAAGUUCCAAGUCUGUUAUUACGAUUUAUGUAUUGAGGGGGAAAUUGAGCCAUUAUUUCCCCGGGUGGGAAAAUGUCCUUAUCCCGCAUGAGACUCUGUCACUGCUUAGGACUCCCUGCUGUGGAAGAGGCAUCUCCCUUUGCUAUUUCUCAGGCCUGUGUCUCUGUGGCCUUCCUAUCUAGGUCAGUGGGGUGGGCUCAGCCAUAUGGUGAGUGUAUCAUUGUUCCUUCCUGGCAAAGUGGUAUAAACUGGGUUUAAAAAAAGAUAACUGGACAAAUAAAAGCAAAAUAAAAACAAGAGUCAGUUGUAAGAGCCAGGAUGGAUGGGGAAAUGUAGCCCUAAAAAUAAGCAUUUCUAAACAUGAGACUGCUGGAGGUAGGAAUGUGUAGCAGGGCAUAAGGGCUCUCUGUUGGUGUUGCCAGACAUUCUGUGUGUUGUGCUGCACUUCCUCAAAUAUCAGGAUCUGAUCAGGAAUGAAGACAAGAUAUUUGGCAUCAAGGUACCAUAAUCCAGCCCACUGGCUUUGCUGAAAGGUUGCUGAUUGGUUGGGAUAGGUAACUUGUAGGACUAUAACUCCCACCAGUCCCAGUUUAUGAAGGCAAUGGUCAGGGAGGAUGGGAGCAACAUCUGGAUGGCACUUGAAAUCUAUAAGGAGGUGCCUUAUACAGACUUUGGCCAUUGGUGCAGGGGCUCCUGGGUGCUCUAACCCUUUCCUUCAAAUACAUAGGGAGUUGAGAUCUUCAAGAAUUUGGGGUCAUGGUUAGAGCACAGGUGGCUGAAGCAUCAUGCUGAAAUUAGCUGGACUUAUUCAGUCCAUUUGACUCCUGCUGUGUUGGUUAAUGUGGCAAGCAAUUCUUUCCUAUCUAUCAGUCCUGGAGUGUUGACCCAGGAGUGCUGUUGCUGUUUUUGCCGAUGAAGGAACAGCAGAUGCCCCCAAAUAUGGCCCACCCAGAAGGGGAGAAAUCUACAGGCUGCUGUGACACAUUUGUGAAGCUGUUUCCUCUCUGGUCCAGCUUGGAAGCCACAGUUGUGAGAGUGUCCAAGUCAGAGGUCUCCUUGACAACCUCUUGUUGUUGCUGCUUGGAUCACUUUCAGCUUGUUUUGUUCUCGGAUGUUGACAGGAUACUUGGAGAACUGCAGGCGUCCGCUGUUGCUCCAGAUUCAGGCCCUUGUCUUUCAGUGACAGAUGGGGUUGGUUUACAAUGGCAGUUAGCUGAGGUAAAGAGAGAUCCUAUGUCCUGUACAAGAGGUGAUCAAAACCUUCCUUUAAAAAAACAACAAAACAUCACUUUAAUAACCUCUCCAACUGCUGCCUAUUCUAUAAUCUCCCCUUUGGGGGAGAAACCAUCAAGCAGGCGACAGCAAUACAGUUUCAGGUACUUCUUGAUGAUGCCUCAACCCAAGGGGUGGUUUUUUUCAGUGGGAACUCACCAAAACUCAGUUCUGGCGCCUCUCAGGUGGGCACCAUUGCCAUUAGAGCAGAAUAAGGGAGUCGUUCUUGGUGAGUUCUGGCAUGUCUUUUUCUAGAAAUAUAGCCCUGAGUCCAGCAUUAUAUUUCCAACCAUGGCUAUCCAGAUGACUUGUGCUAGAAUCCCCCCAACUUGUGGUUCCAAGUGCAGUUUGAACAGCCGCACGUUCAGCCCUGGUUGUAGCUGGCUCUUUCAUACAGCUUUUGUUUAACUUGGCUGCUCAGGCCAUGGGCUUGGCUUUCCCAUACUGGUGAUAUAUACUGCGCUGGCUUCCUUUCUGUGCAUGCUGCAGCAUGUGGCUGGGAUUCCUUCUCCUCCAGAAGCACUUAAAGAACAAGAAAGAUAUCUACACCAUGUUGGACACUGAGGGGACUGGAAGCAGGAGAGCCUUGCCACAUGGAGGCCUGCUAAGAGAGUAGAGGCUUCUAGCUGACUUAACAGGCCUCCCUGUACUGCUGUGUUAAAUGGAUUUCUACUGUAGAUCCAUUUCCCUUUAUCAUCUCUGUUCAGUUGCAGAUCUCCCAGAGGUAAAGGGGAGCGGUGCUGGCAAGCCAGCAAGGCGUGUGACUCAUCCGUGACCCCAGGCCUGUGGGUGGGUGAAAACGCUUUCCCUUGGAUCGUUGCCUCCUGCUGCAGCGUGUGCAGGGCUGUUACACUUGGCACGGAUAUGGCUGGCCAAGGGGAGGAGGCUCAAAGCACGGAAUCUGGGAACAGUUUGCUGUUUGGGACAGAAGGCAGGGCUGUCUAAUGAUGCAGCCCGGAUGGAACUGGAAGAUGGUUUCCUCCCUCCAGGCAUAAGUUUAGAGCAAGGCUUGGCAGGCAGAUGUUCCUGAGAAGACAACACUCCGCUGUCAUCCCGGUCGUGGAAUAAGCAAGCCCUUUUGAGUCAGCCCGCCAGAAGUGGAGGAGAUCUUUCCAAGUGCAUUAAAAUAAUAUUGCAAGGGGAAAAGAAUCCCAGGUUUCUGCCUGCUUAUUCUCCCCACCCUCACUGCCAGAACUAGGGAUGGUUUGUGGCAACACUGGAAGUGUUGCAUUUGUGGUGGACCCUCUUUCUCUUAUUUUGCAGACCUUACACACGAGAGUGUGGUAGGGAAUGUAGAGUGUUGUUGUUGCUGUUUGCUGCCCUUUUAACACGUUCCUUCCCCAUGGCGUAUAGUAACUGAAGGAAUGUCCUGGCAUUAUCUCAGCAGGCCUCCUCCUCCAUUUAGGACAUUCUUUACUCAUUAACACCCACAUGCCUUGUCCAGCUGACUGAACUUUUUUUAAUCAGGAGCAUCACCAGGGCUCCUUCCUCAACAUUCAUCAUGCUGCAUCAGCUGCUGUGAAAAUGUCAAACCAGAAGCUGCAUCUUCACCUGGGUGUAUUAUGGAUGAGGGCGUACCUGAGUCUAGUGGCACUUGGAAGACAAUAGCUAUUGCUAUUAUGGAUCAGAACCCCUUGAGUGCAGGGGAAUCAGCGUAACUUAUGCUUCAUGGCAGGCUUGGAACUGCUCCCAAAUCCAGUUAUUAUCAUUAAUUUGUUUGUUUUAUUUAUUAAUUGCUUUCCACAAGGCAUGCCAAAGUAUCCCCAUUGUCUCAAGCCCCAAUUGUUUUCCCCCACCUUUCUUGACAGUCACAACAAAUUCUGUUCUGAGGAAGGGGAUAUGAUUCUUGUCAGUUUACAGUAGUGGAGGAGACCUUUCCUCCUUGGAAAGGGAAGCUGCUUAUGCCAAGAGCCAGCUAUUGGUCCAUCUAGCUAAGUAUUGUCUGCACUGAGAGACAGUGGUUGUCCAUGGUUCCAGGCAGGAAUUUUUCCUAGCUCAACUUGAAGAUGUCAGGAACUGAAUUUUGGACUUUUGCGUGCUAAAUAUAUUCUCUACCACUGGGCUGCAGCUCUUCCAUUUAUAUAUAAAUAUAAAUAACUAUCUUUCUCUGCCUAUAUCUCAUAUCCCAUAUCUCAAUUUAAAUCUAUAUCUCUACAGUAUGGUGGUUCCUUUCUCCUUUCUUUUUCUACCGUCUCAAAUUCCAGAUCUUUUAUCCUAUCCUGUUUUAAAGUCUGUCAGAUGCUUUGCUGAGUGUUUGUCCAAAUCUGCCAAGGACUCCUCUUCUGUCCUGGAUUGCACCUUGUGAUGUUGGGCUUUAUUUGUGACAGGUUGUGUUAAUUUGUGCUCUGCGUUUUAACACCAUUUAAACAUUGGUUUCUCUACAUUGUAGCAUGUUAUUGCAAAAAACAAACAAACAACUUUUGGCUUGUGCAAUUUUCUAGGCAAGACAGACACAAGGUGUGGCUUGUGCUUAAUCAUCCCUCAGUGCAAAGUGGGCUGAGAUUUCUUAGCAUGUAACAGAUUCCUGCAUUAAGACAAAUGGGCAAAGAAUGUCUUUUGUUCCUGCCGUAUAGUGAAUAAUUAAGGUUUUGCACGCUACUUCAUGGAAGUGUUUUGUGUUUGUGGUGGUGAUUUCUAGACGCUCAUGAACAAGGAUUAGUGAAACUGAAUGGAACCCUGUUGGGCAUUUUAAAUUGUUUCAAAGAACUUCAGGACAUUAAUUUGAGAGAUUUCAGCUGUGUACACAUUGCCAUCUUAAAACACAGAUAGAGCCUUCUUUUUCUUAAUUCACAUCAAAGCUGACUUGGGCUAAACUUAUAAAAACUCAGUAUUUCAUAAGAAAUGUCAGACUAGAUACAGGACAGGUGUGUAUUGCAGCUAAUGUUGUAUGUUCCAAACCACUGGAAGCAGAGUAAACUGAAGUGUGUACACAGCUUCACAGGCAUGAUUCUUGAGAACUUGGUCUAUACAGUUUCCUUCUUGACAACUGCAAAACACAGACUUCAUGGAGGGAUGUGGGAGCUAUAAGAACAUGCAGCUCGCAGAAAUUUGUUAGUUUGCUCCUUUUCCUUCUACAGAGCAGCAGCAGCAGCAUUUUAUUGACUUUGAGCUCAGAUCCGUGAUAUUGAAGGAUAAGCAUUGCUAUUUUGCAGCAUUCAUUUGUACUGAAAUGGUAGAGGUACAGUAUAACAUUUAACUUGCGUUGCUUCCUUAACUUGCUUUAAUAGACAGCAUUUUGCAUCAGAAUCUGAAACUUCAUCACCCUGUUUUGCAAGUGAGCACUUCUCCUUUUUCCUGGGGUUUUGAGAUACAGGAGACAUGCAGGAAAAUGGUCCCAGUCACUAUUGAUGCUCUAGGAUAGAUACCUGUAGCAAGUCUACAGGUUGGUGGGGUGGGAAGUGUUGAUCUGAUGUGCUCCACAGAGGUCCGGGGAAGAACUCCGUGUACAUAUUCUGCAGCCUGGGAGUAUCAUUUGAAGUGUAACCUAUGGCAUGUUUCUGGGUUUGCCUGGGGCUUAAACACUGGGAAUUGCCAAGGCAGCAUUUCUGAGAAAUGCCAGCUUCACAUUGUUGCCAUGAGUGAAGCUGCUAGUGCCUGAUAAUAAAAAAAACCAAUGCCAUCAGCAAAACAUGUUUGCUCCCUCUAGCUCUUUCGCUCAUCCAUCCUGUAUUAUGGGUUUAUGCGCACACUUCUAUAAAAACAAUCCCAAUUGUUCCUCCCCAAAUCUAAGCACCUAGUGUCCUGGACAUUGCUCUGAGGUGCAUGUUUAUCACAGGGGGGGUAUUUGGGUUUUUUGUGGGGGGUGUAGCAUACGGUACUCUUCAUUGCCUGAGAAAAGGCAAGUGUGUCAUUUAAUGUGUAACCAUGUUUUCUGUGUCUGUUGAUUUCUGAUGUUGGUAGCAAUGGGGAGUAGAAUCAUAGAAAUAUAGUGUGGGAAGGGACCCCAAAGUUAUCCAGUUUAACCUGCUCCAAUGCAGGAAUCAAAGCUGUGUCAGUAUAUCAGCUUUCACAAUAUAUGAGGCUCAGGCAAUCUAUAUUCCUGGCAUAAAGGGCUUACCCCUGCCCCCAUUAAGUGCCCUGGGAUAGAGCUGAUUUCCUCUUUUCUAAAGGUACUGAGCAUAGGGUUUCCACCUGACCUGAAAGGGCAUCUGGCCCUCCUGUGCUUUUAACAGCAGUUUGAUGUGCAGAAACAGCAGACAAGCUUUUUCAUAGUGUUGGGAUCAGCCUUACCAUCUGCUAACAUCUGGUGAUCGAGUUGCUGUUGCAGGUGCAGGAGCAGGAACCCGUAAAAAAGUUGGUCACCCUACUAGGGUCAGGAGGAACCCCCCCCUUUUUUUUUGAAGUGGCAAUAUAGGGGUUUGCUUCCUGGGUUUUGUAUAGAUUGUGCCUGUCACCAUUUGCACAUAGCUUGCUGGUCGUUGGCAGCCCAGAGCCCAGUUUCUGUGCGUCAGGGAAAUGCUAAGUUUCCGUUCCAUCUUGCCGUCCCUUCCUGACAGGAAUUCCUCCUUCUCCUGACCCUGCACUCUUGGUUCCUUUCACACAGCCUGAUUCUGGAGCUUGGGGGAAUGGUCCAGAAUGGCUACCCCCCUCACUGCCCACCACUUCCAUUGCCUUCUCACAACAAACUUUCUGGUGGUCUGGUCAUUUGGAAAAUGCCAGGCCAAACAGUGCAUCUUUCGGAGGAGGAGCCUGUUCAGUGGUGGGACUGAAGUCGCUUGCUUGAUUCUCUCUUUCCUAUCACAGUAUCCGAUCUGUUUGCACACCAUCUAUGAACGAGGGUCACUCAUCUUUCUUCUUUUUAUGAUAUUUGUCCCAGCUGAUACUUUGGACUUACCUGUGCAAUCCUCCCUUUCCUUUUUAAAAAAAAAGAGAGAAAAUAAAGUCCUGAUAGUGCUGUCUGGAUCUAACACACAGUCUAGAGACUAUGAAUGUUUUCAGAGUGGCUUUCUAGCACCAGUGUUGUGCUUCUUUCUCCCCUCACAUUGCUAAAAAAGAAAGUGCCUGUCUUGUUUGUUUCAUUUACAAGUACAAAAUUGUUUGGGGCUGGGGAGAAACACCUCCCCAGCAAUGAAGUCCAAAUAGAUACUUGAACUUGACCUAUUUGUAUGCUUGCUUAAAUGUUUAUAUAUGGUAAAUGAACUGCUAAUUACGGUAUAUGUACAGUGGUACCUCAGGUUACAUAUGCUUCAGGUUACAUACGCUUCAGGUUACAGACUCCGCUAACCCAGAAAUAGUACCUCAGGUUAAGAACUUUGCUUCAGGAUGAGAACAGAAAUUGCGCUCUGGCGGCGCGGCAGCAGCGGGGGUCCCCAUUAGCUAAAGUGGUGCUUCAGGUUAAGAACAGUUUCAGGUUAAGAACAGACCUCCGGAACGAAUUAAGUUCUUAACCCGAGGUACCACUGUAUAUCAUAGAAUUGUAGUGCUAGAAGCGACCCUGAGGAUCAUGUCGUCCAGUAAUGAAGGAAUAUGCAGCAGUCCCUUACAGGGAUCAAACCUGCGGCCUUGGUGUUAUCAGCACCAUGCUCCAACCAACUGAGCUAAUUAUUACUUUCUUAGUGUUAUGUUGCUGUGAUAUUAUAUGUCGUAUUUUGUACUUAUGUAGUAUUUUGUACUACAGCUAGACUUUGUUUUUUUGUGUAAACUGCUUUGAGCACAGAUUUACUUGUGGGAAAUGUGAAAUAUAAAUACAUUGACAAGGACGAAUGGCCCUUCCUGUAAUGCAGUUGAUGGAGAACAGCCCUCUGAGCUGGAUGGCAUUUUACCAAGGAAGUUAACUGCUCCCUGUGAAUUAUUGAGGCAGUUUGGACUGUAGGAGAAUCUUUGCAGGAGGCAUUGCAGGAUCCCAGGGCUUGGUGGAAGCUGGGUCAGAUUCAGUAUCAAGAACCUGUACCAGAUAAUCAUAGGGACGUAGUCAGCCCCCUUAUACCAGAUCAGGCUCAUUGUCUUAUCUAGUUCAGUAUUGUCUGCUCUGACUGGCAGGGCCUCUUCAAGCUCACAGGCAGAGGCCCUUUCCCACCAUCAGGUACUGUAUCACAAAAUAAAUAAAUCUGGAGGUGCCAGGAUGAAACCUUCUACAUGCAAAACAAGUGGUCUUCCAUUGACCUAUGGUUCCCUACCCCCACUGCUUCCCAGUCCCUAGCUAUACAACUGGCAGCUGUGUGUAAUUAUAAGAUAUGGAGGUUGCCACCCAAUCCAUCCAAGGUCAAAAGUGAAGCUGCAACAGGGUGGAGGAACAGCUAAACUCAUCAAGAACAAACUUUGAAGGCAAAGCAUGGGAAAAAUGAGUGGGGAGGGGCUGAAGGUCAACAUACAAGAAACGUUGAAAAGGAUAAUAGAUCACAGAAUCAUAGAAGGGACCACAAGGUUCACCUAGUCCAACCCCCUGCAAUGCAAUGCAGGAACCUUUUGCUCAGCCCACGAGCCUGUGUUUAAGAGUCUCAUACCCUACCAGGUGACGUAAGCAGAAAAGAAGGGUAGGACAGAAUCAGGUCAAAAAAACAGGAGUCAGAAUGGACUACCGUUCAGACAAAGUCUAACUUCUUACUGUGAAGUGUUUGUAGAGAAUGAGGGUCACUACCAAGCACUGGCCACAGAUAUUUGUAGGAAAGGAUAGCAGUCUAGUGGUGGCUCCAUUCAGUCCUGUUGAAUGGAGCUGGCUGAGAAGAUAAAAGCAUAUGGAGCUCCCUUGCACUGAACUUGAGAUACAGGAUGGCCACACGGGUUUUGGGUGCAAAUGAUUGCAAUACUGCACAAAUGUGAUCUCGUAUCUGAGGAAUGGGAAGCAUGUGUCCCUCCAGAUGUUAUUAGACUCCCAACACCCAGAAGCCCUGGUCACUGUGGUCAGGGACAUUGGGAGGUGUAGCACAACAAAAUAUGGAGGGUCAUACAUUUCCCAUUGUAUCCAGACUGAUGCAAACCUCCAUGCUACUUCUGGAGUUGCUUAGUGUUCCUGAAUCUCUGCUCCUAUGUAAAAUUCCCCUUGCAGUCUGUGACAUGACAUAACUGUUUCCCAGGCCUUGACUCUGUAUCCUUUCGUUGCAGAUCCCAAUGAUGGAGGCAGGCUCUGUGGUACGGGCUGUCUUUGACUUCUGCCCCAGUGUCUCCGAAGAGUUGCCGCUGUUUGUGGGGGAUGUCAUAGAAGUGUUGGCAGUCAUAGACGAAUUCUGGCUCCUUGGGAAGAAGGAAGGAGUCACAGGUGAGAGUCAAAAGGCCUGUGCUGGGCUCAUAGGAAUGGUUGGAUUAGAAGCAAGCCAGCAUGAAGCAAAACUCAGGGUGUGUGGGGAUUAAAGCUAUGUAAAUGCCCCCCUUCUAUUUGGGAGCUUUGAAUAUACCAGCCAAGUACCAGAAACAGGCCUCAGAUAUCUCCUUGGUGGCCCCAGCAGUCUCUCCAGAAGUUGAGAGAUAAACAACACAGUUAAGGAGUUGAGGGUCAAUUUUGCAGUUACUAACACACUAGAAUGAGAGCUCCCUGUGUGAUAUGCAUUUGCAGUGCCAUGAAGGAAAUGGGCUCGAUUAUGAACUUGGUGAACUACACACAAAUGGAAGAUACUAUACAAGCAGCCGCCACAUGAAGUGGUCUGAUGUGGCCUCUGUAUGCAGUCAUAAGGUCUUCAAAACCUUCAGCUGGAACCUAUCAUCUAUGUCCAAAAGCUUGCUUUGCUCCCUUUUCUUAGUUUCCUUCAACAAGCCAGCCAGUCUAAUAAAAGAUGCGUGUCUCAACGUACUCAGGGUUCUCAUACUGUGGGAUUAGCAUGACAACAGGGCCCAGAACAAUAUAGCAGAUGGCAAAGCAAUGAAACCAGCAAGCCAGUUGGUGUCCUGGUUGCAGUGCUGGGUCUUCCCUUGAGAGCCACCUUUUGAUCUGUGCCUUGAAAAGGCUCAUCUGGUGUCUCUGCCAGUGGAAGUGCACAUCUCCCCUGAAUGUGCCAGUUUUUGUCAUUAGCAAUUGGCCACUUGGGGAGAAGUCUCUUGCCCUCAGCCCUGGGGAAAGAAGAAGAUGCAGUGCCAGUCCCUGCUCUCUCUCCCUCAUCAUUUCCACUUCUCUAAGCUUGUCCACAUUACUGUGGCAUGAUCAAAGUGGCUGCUGUCUUGUCAAGUUGGCAGGAUGCAGGUCACUGGAGCUUGAGAAUCUCACUUCUCCUUUUGUAAAUCCUUAGACUGAGCCUGAAGCAAGCUGUAUAGCCGUCCAGCAACUGCCAGUGUAAAUGAGACGUAUCAGAGAGAGAGAAUGCUUCAUGGCCAGGAGAGGGUGCCAUUCUCAAGCUUUCCUUUCCCUCUCCCUCAGGACUCUCGUCCUGUGUGCACCACAGGGCAAAGCUUAAAGCCGGAUCUGUAAUAGCAGUCCUGUCUUUACUCCUUCCAUUACAAAACAUGGAAGUUUUGCAAGGCCUUCUUAGCUGGAGGUAACAUGUCAGCAUAGAGGGAUUUUCAUCACUUCAACUCAAAAUCCUUUCAAGUUCCAGCUACAUGCUGUGGAGUAAUCUGUUCAAUGCAUUAAAAUAAAAUGGAUCAUUUCAACUUUGUUCUCAAUGCUGAAGUUUAAACUGGAGUAAAAUAAGUCUUAUUCAUUGGAGAGAAGAGGAUCCUGCAGGUCUGGGAUCCUACAGCUGUCUAGGUGCUAGGAUGUGGCCUUUGUAUUGAAUGGAUUCUGACAUCUGGAUCGGCCUCCUGGCUUACCAAGACAGGCUCCCAACUAAUAAUAAUAAUAAUAAUACCAGUCCAUCACCAUAAGAAGUCCCAGAGUGGGUUACAGCUUAAAAUUCAGUAUUAAAAACAGUUAAAACAACUUACAGUCACAGGAAUAGGGUGGAUUCAUUAAAAGAAAACACAUCAUGAUGGAUGGGUCUUUUAUAAAAGAUACAUUUUCCAAGAAAGAACAUAGCAUAUUAAACAAGGCCAUUCAGAAAGGUUAGUUCAAAUUAAAUCUUACAGUUUUCUUUGGAACUCUUCAUUUGGCUAGAUGGAAUGGGGAAAUGGUUCUUCACCCCUUUUGAAGAUUCCUGCAGAACUUGAAAGCUUACAUGCUAUUUUGUGACGUUUUGGUUGGCCUAACGAAGGGUGGUUCAGUGAGAAUUACAGAUCCCUGGGCUGGAUCUAGACAUGUCAAAGAAGCGAUUCAGUUAAACACAUUGUAAACUCAUACUGGAAAUCCAGUUGGGAAAGACUAGACUCCACAGUGCCAUCUGGUGCCACGGUGUUAUAGUGCAUAUACAGUGCAUAUAAAACUCUCUUUCUUUACCAAUCUUGCUGAGUCCCUGGAAAGAGAUGCUUGCAUGUCCUAGAGAACAGUGGGAUGUAUUGGUGCAGAGGCACUUGUGUAAUCUGUGUCCACGGGAACAUUUCCCUGCUAUUGACUGGGUGCGCGCUCUCUCUCUCUCUCUCUUUCUCUCUCUCUCAUUCUAGGACAGUUUCCCAGCAGCUUUGUGGAACCCAUGGAAGUUCCUGCUUUGAAACAAGGAGAAAAGCUGUUUGUUUGCACCAGCAAUUUUACUUCCCAGGAGCCUGGCAGCCUCAGCUUGCAGAGAGGUACUGGUGGAAUCCAUCGGGUAGUCAAAGAGGGGCCUGUUCAGCCUUGUCCUUCUCUCCAAGAGCCCCCUUCCUAGUGUCUUCUUCCCCAGAACUCCAGCUACAAUGUUCCAAGGCCUUUUACUGCUGGCAACUUCAUGCUCCUCUGCACUUGCCAUGCCUGGGGUUGAGCUCUGAGCACCUAGGACAGCAUGAAAGUGCCCAGAAUAGUGGCCAUGGCCCACCGUUCCUAUCCCUGCGAUGCCCAUUGUUGGCAAGUGCCGUCGAGAUUGCUGUGAGCCCUUGUGGCUUUGGGGUUACUUAUAUCUCCUAGUGUUAGAACCCUGAGGGGUUCUAAGCAAGGGGGUGCUGUAGGUGACACCUUAGAAAUCCCCUGACUUCAUAUCCUUUAUCCCUGCAGGAGACCUAGUGAUUCUGGAUGGUUCUGCGUCUUCUCCUUGGCCCCAAGGCCGAAGCUGUUUGGGAGCCAGAGGCUUCUUCCCCUCAUCAUGCGUGCGAGAACUCUGCCUCUCAGCCUUCGGCCCUCGGUCGCCUUACGGCACCACCCUGGAGAUGCCACCCUAUGCCCUGGGCCAGGCCCGAGCGCUGAUGAGCCUCUCAGCCCAGCUGGAGGAGGAGCUAGACUUCCGGGAAGGGGAUAUGAUUACCAUUGUGGGGAUCCCUGAGCCUGGAUGGUUUGAAGGAGAGCUUGGGGGUCGCCAAGGUAUCUUCCCUGAGGGGUUCGUAGAGCUUUUGGGUCCGCUAAAAGCUAAGGUUGGUCCAGAGGAGCCUGGGACCUCAGAAAUCCACAGUGUUAAUGGGGUGAAAGGAACAUACCCUCAGCCUGAGGAGAAGGCAUGGAGUGACGGUGAGGAGUUUCUGGGGCCUUAUGGGAUCGCUCUCUAUCAGUUCCAAGCCCUGGAGUCAGCAGAGCUGGACUUUGAGGUGGGAGACAGGAUUCGGAUUCUGGAAGUCCUGGAAGAUGGUUGGCUGGAGGGGGAGCUUCGAGGGAGACGUGGGAUCUUCCCUCACAGGUUUGUGAGGUUGGAGGAGAGCAGUCCUCCAGCUAGGGAGAAAUGGGAAUCCGGGUGUCUGCCAAAGGACAUGGACUCUAAGGUGGUCAGCACCCCCAAAGCAGGUCCUCCUGCCAUGUGGGAGGAGCCUGGACAGAGCCUGGCCUGCACUGAGGAGAAGCCUGGCCACCUUGCGGUACAUGAAGACCAUUUGGACUCUGAGCUCAAAGAGAAUGAAAUGCUCAGCCGCCCAAAUGAAGGCUGCCUGGAAUCUUUUCCCUCAGAUAGGUCAAGCUCUCCCUCUAUGGACCCUAUCCAAGCCGUAAAUGGAGUUUCCUUCAUACCUCAGCCUGCUCUUCAGCCAAAGGGCCAACUCUGUGGUCAAGUGAGUAACGCAGAGUCCAACCAGAGCUCAAGGACCUCAUGGAGCCACUCAGAGGCCUGCAAGCCCUUGGAGUGGGACAGAGAGGCUCACAGUCCUUCCCACAAGAACAUGCGCUGCGAGGACUUGGCUGCUUACGUGGACAUCCAGCGGCGGAAGCCCAAAUCCCGCUCUUCCAGCUUCAGUGGGACACAUGAGGGCCUGGACACUUGGCCUGUCUGUCGUGGUGCUCGGGCCGAGCGCUCCCAAGGGGUGCUCCAUGGGGAGAGCUGUGGAGACCUCGAUUCCAAACUGACAGAGCAGCUGGCUCAGUUUGAGCAGAGCCUGGCAGGCCCCAUUAGCCAUGGCAGCUGUGGGACCCCCCAGCACGAUAGCACCUCCCGGCACUUUUCCAUCCUGGAUUUCAGCUCUGAGAAGGACAUUGUACGUGGUUCAGUGCAGCACACUCCACCGAGGAGGAAGGUGCUGAGGCCACCGCCUCCCCGGCCUAGCACCCCAGUCUCUGCCUCACUUCAUUCGCCUGCAGGCCACAGCCCCCAAACUACACCUCCCUCUCAGGCUCUGCCAACCUCUGUGAGACCGUCCAGGCCAGCGCCGCUUCCACCUCCCAGCAGCCAGAGGAGGAGCCCAGCUCCUGCCAAGCUGCAGCCAGGGAGCAAAGAGAGACAAGGCAGCAGCGACGAGCCUAGAGGUGCAUCUCCGUGCCACUUCCUGCUGAACCGUAUCCAGGAACUGGAGCGAGAACUGGAUGUUUACAGCAAGACCCGUGCAGAGCUCAGCACAAUGCUGGAGCAGCCACAGGGUGGGCUUGGGCGAGCAGAGACUUUGGAAAACCUGGAGUUUUGCGACUGCAAAAUGUCCAGCCUGCACUUGGAACUGCAAGAGCUGAAAGGUAAGUACAGAUCAGUUCUGUAUUUAUCAGUUCUGACGUGUAGAAUGCUAUGCAAUUUGCUACCAGUAAUCCAGUGUGUGAGGACAUUACCACUUGGGCUUUGGGGAAGAUGCACUUAAAAGAAACCCUUUCUCAAAUUCUUUGAGUGAAAAAAGGAUUAGGCAAAUUUGCUUGCGUGUGGAUAGUGUCAUCGUAUAGCUUAGCCGCUAGGUGGCACUGGACUUACUGGUACCUGGGUGGAGUCAGGGGCUUUCAUUUUGCUGUUUUUUUCUUGUUGGAGAGAGAGGAUAGAUUUCUUGCCCAGCUUCCUGGCUGAUGUUUCCUCUAAGCCUCCCACAACUGCAUGAUUAUUGUCCCCCAGGUUUUCUCCCUUUGUUCUUUGUGGUCUCUGGGCAGACCUGUACUUGGGUUCUGCACCUGCACAGACAUUGUUUUGAAACUUUCUGCCGCUGGACUAGCAUUUUGACAGGCAGUUUGCUCCUAAACUCAGUGCAUAUGCUCAAGGAGGUAUGGCUUCCCUCUUCUCACACAGUUCCUUUUGACCGCUGCAGAGGCAGCAUAGUAAGAAUGGUCUUUCUCCUUGCUUGAGCUAGACAACAAAAAAGAAAAGAAAUACUUAUACAGUCAUACCUUGGGUUACAGCCGCUUCAGGUUGCAUUUUUUUGGGUUGCGGACAGCCGAAACUUGGAAGUACCGGAACGGGUUACUGCCGGGUUUCGGCGGUCACACGUGCACAGAAGCACUAAACCGUGCUUUGCGCAUGCGCAGAAGCGCCGAAUUUCAACCCGCACAUGCGCAGAUACCCAGACGCGGGUUGUGAACGUGCAUCCCGCACGGAUCACGUUCGCAACUCAAGUGUCCACUGUAUAUAUAUUUUUCUUGAUUGUUUUUAUUUUAUAUUGUUCCCUCUGUCUUUCCGGUUUUUUUAAUGAUUCUUAUUACAUUUAUACCUCACUUUUCCUCCAAGUAGCUCAAAGUGGCUUACGUAGUCCUCCCCCUCCAUUUUAUCCUUGCAACAUUUCUAUAAGGUAGGUUAGGCUGAGAGAUUGUGACUGGCCCAGUGUCACCCAGUAAGCUUCAUGGUCAAGUAGGGACUAGAACCCUGGUCUCCCAGUUCCUAGUCUGACACUCUAACCACUACAACACACUCAUUCUCCAAAAUACCAAUUUUGUCUUUUGCUUCCCUCCGUUACUUGGCCACCCACCUCAGGGCACCUCUGCCACCUUUUCUCAGGGCCUGUAGUCCUGCAGGUAUCUCCUUUCCACAGGUGUUACUCCACUUGAAUGAGUAAAGUGCCUCGCUGGCAGACACAGCCUGUGUCAGCUGUUGUGAGGUGAAAGGCAAAACAUGCCAGCACCAUUGGCGGUUUACAAAACAGGGCCACCAAAAUCAAAGAGUUUGUCUCAAGGAUGCUUCUCUAGGAAGAAACGGGAUGCUGAAGUGGAGUCCUGUGCAUUUUCUUGUCCUCACUCUGAUCCUGCUGAUGGCAUUGCUUUUAUUCUCUUUUUGUGGGGAGGGGUCAGAGAGAACUGGAAAAACAGGAUUGAGUUAUAUGUGAAAAAAUGUGCUGAGGAUAUCAUAGUAGUCUUGGUAAAAUAUGGGCAGGGAUCCAAGGGGAGUGGCUGGUAAUUGUGUUUCGUGACCCUUGAAAUCCCUCCCCAGAUAUCUCCCUCCCUCCCUCCCUCCCUCCCUCCCUCCUUUUCUCUAAUUAGCAAAAACUGCCAACAUGGUUUCAGGUUUUUCUCUGCAUUCUUUUGGAAUGAAAACUAUUGGUUGCUGAGGCUGCUAGGUUCCUGCACAAGCUGUUGAAGUCUGCUGGACUAGGUUUUUUUGUCCCUUGAGCUUAAUAUUUCUCAUGAAAAUUCCUAGAUGCUUGCAGUAUAUUUCUCAAGUUACCGGGACUGAAUCUGUGAAAUAGUGGCUUGACUAGGGGCAAAUACUUUUGACCUGAAAUGUGAACCCUCUUAGAGCCUGGGGCUCUAAAAUCAUUGGUUUCUCCAGGCUCUCACGGAUCAAACAAUACAGUCUUGUGAUGUAUGUGUGGAAUCAGAACAGCUUUAAAUGUGUGCGUUUUUGUGCAUUCUUGAGCGACCCAGGGUGACUGUAUAUAUAUUGAUUUUAUUUAUAUGUAAGUUGGCUGUAUAUUAAUUGAUUUUAUUUAUUUAAGGUAUUCAGGCACCAUUUAAUCCUUAGCAUUUCUAAGUGGUGUCCAUAAAAAUAAACCAUACAGAAAAUAAAGCAGUAAAACACAGAGCACUACCUUUAAAAACCAAGGGUGGCUUUGUUUCUCCCACAAGCAGAUCAGACGUGGCCCAGGUAGGUCCAGCCUAUAGUUCCCCAGUGCCUGCAUAUCCCCCUUUUCCUUUGCCCCAGGGAAGCACUCCUGAGGUGUGGCCACUUAAGCCACAGGCUUUCUGUUUCCGUGUGUUAAGGAGCCCUGAGAGGGAGGGAGGGAGAGAGAGGUCACUGGCUGCUGCCUUCAGCAUUGGAAAGCAGAGAAGCCGGUUUGGGCAGGGAACUUGUCCAAUCCACAGCUCUCAUCUGUGGGACUCUGGUUAUUCAUUACUUGCCAGCAGGUGGGUGAGGCUGUCUGGACUUGCUGCCUAUUGGGUACGAAGGUUAUGCUGCUUCUCUGUUGCUGGUGUUUAGUCAGCAGAGUCCCAGGGUGAGGUGUGGGGAGAGGUGGGGGAGUGGAUGUCGCCAAGAAACUGAACCCUGGGGAAGGGGGUGGGGGCACGCCAAGAGGAACAUGUGCACCUACCCCGAGGCAAGGAGCCUCUGGUUCCCCAGCUGGGAGUAUGAGGACUACAAUUCCACCGCCAGGAAAGGAGAUGGUGCCAGAGGAACUGGCCAGAACAGUGAUUGUGACUGGGACAACAAGCGCAGGAGCAGAGAACUGUAUGGCACCACCAGGCCAGUGGGCAGAGCCUGUGGUCACUUCAGGAAGGGGGAGAUCUGGUACAGAGACCGCGAAAUGGCCAGAGUCUGCAGGGACUGUGGGGAGGAAGGUGGACAAUAUACCGACCGGAGGAGGAGAACCAGGAACAAGCUGUACAAGGAGCACGAGGCAGUAGGCAAUGGUCACCUGGAAGAAGCUGGCUACUACACAGACAGUGAGAAAGCCACCCGAGCAGCCUGCAGGAAGCCCUAUAGCUGGUAUCAAGAUGGCUUUUACGUGGAUGCUGGCAUCAAAGCCUUGAGGAACGUGGAUGCUUGGGGUGCAAACAACUGGAGACAAAGUGGCAGCGACAAUGACUAUGGGAAGGGAGAUGGUUGGUGCACAGCUGACCAACGCUUGGAUGCGGACUUUAAGAAGGCAGGUGACAGGUACGUGGAGCACAGCAGAACACAUCGGAAAUGUCAGGAGGAGGAGGAAGAGGAGGAGGAGAGGUGGUAUGUGCUGCAUGGAGACCUCCUUCACGAUGCCCAGAAUUCUGGGAGGACAUUUGAGAACAGCACUGUGGAUUGUAGAAACAUCUCUGCUGGUCCAAAAGACCAAGUGUCCUGGCCGUUAGGAUGCGAGCGCAGCAGUGUGGGGUUGGCGCCUGCCUGUGAAAUGGCCAAGCCACGUAAUGUGGUGGACAAGGACUCUGGCGCAGCGGAAACUGUGACUGGCCAGUCUGGAGCACCGGGACUGCAGGUGUGGAGAGGUGGAUGUCCAAGGACACGCACAGGGCGGUCAGACUGGAGCCUGGACUGGGAGGGUGAAGCCUGGCAGCGGAACAGCUUGUACCGGCGCACGGCUCCCAGCGCCUUGAGGCACCACGUCAAAGAAAAGCAAGGUACGGUAGGUUGGACAGGGUGUGGUGGUGAUAAGGCUACAUGUGCUUGGAUUUCCACACCUUUUCCGGUCAGCCAGCCCCAUGUGAACAGCAGGGCUUUGGAUCACAGCCUUGUAUGGUAUCAGGUCAUUGGUCCAUCUAGUGCAGUAUUGUCCACACUGACCAGCAGUGGCUCUCCAGGGUUGCAGGGAGGGAUCUUGCCCAUCCCUACGUGGAGAUGUCGAGGAUUGAACCUGAGAUCUUCUGCAGGUGUUCUGUCAUUGAGCUACAGCCCUUCCCUACAGCAGCACUUGAAAAGAAAACACCUGUUAUGUCAAUCAUCUGGGAUAUUAUGAAGGUUAAUUGUUGUUUUCUCAGUGUGUGCUAAUUGACAGCCUUCUCCUUAGGCUCUCCUUUGUGGCUGUGCCUUGUUUUUCCCCUCUUGGGCUGGGCAUUUGCCAGUUAAGUCCCUUAUGCUAGGAAUGUUUGUGCCGUUUUGUUAGGUUUGCAAUGUGCUGUUGCCCUGCCAGGGGCUCCCUGCUAUGCUCCCUGCCCAGGUGUGAGCCUGGCUUCCUAGAUGCUCAGAUUUCAAGCACAGGGUUCGAUCCUAGGCAGCUCUUGGAAACCAGCCUUUGCAUCUCUGUUAUGCUGUUAUGUGGUGCAAGAGUUACUGCACAGCUUGUAAGCUACUCCUACUAGGGCAAGUGCAAACAUGGCUGUACAGCACUGAGAAACCAAGGGAUGGAUUGUGCACUUUCCUGGAAUUUUGUGGAGUGACACUCGUGCGCAAUUCCAGGAAAGUGCAGAAUAUGUCCGAGUGGGAUACUCUUGCUGCAAGAGGUCUUGCUUUAGUGUCCCUUGGUUUCUCAGUGCUGUGGUGGCCAUGUUUGCACUUGCCCUAGUAGGAGUGGCUUACAGGCUUUGCAGUAACUAUUGCAUAUUUGGACUAGCCAUUUCUGGAACAUAGAAAUCUGCCUUCUGCUGAAUCAGACCAUUGGUCCAUCCAGCUCAGUAUUCUCUACUGACCAGCUGCAGCUCUGUAAGAUUUCAGGCAUGGGUCUCUCCCAGCCUUAGCUGGAGAUGUUGUGGAUGGAGCCUGGGACUUCCUCCAUGCACAAGAGAUACUCUACCCCUGAACUACAGCCCUUCCCCAUUUUGGUGUGGUUAGUUUGUAUUCCUUAUGAAAGGUGGCUGAAUUGCAGUGGGACACAUUUUCUGUCGGGUUCUACUCCGCAUCUCAAGCUAGCAGCAUCUUACAGCUUCUGUGGAAGUUGCCUCAGGUCAAGCAAGGUUGUUGUUUUUUCCUGUGUUCAAAAGCAGCAGGAACCACCCAGUUGUGUUCUUCAGCAAUUAUGCUGAAAUGUGGGGUGUAUAUGGAGUGUUGCAAAUGAAUGUUGUUGCUAUUAUAGCACCAUCAGUGUGCAUAGUGCUUAACUUUAGCAAAAGGGAGGCUCUUUCCCUCUGGGUUUGCACAUCCCUCGCCCUCCCCAGCAGACUCCUUUUGGCCUUUAGAGUAGCAAGACAAAACUUGGCACAGUGGAAAACUGGUGGGGCAGGCUUGCUGACUGCUGCUGCUGCUGCUAGUGGGAGCCUCUGCUGCUCAGUGUUCCUGCAGCCUUGUCAUCAGCUGGACCCUGGGCUAGAAAAGGGAAAGCAGAAUUAGUUGUCAUCAGGCAAUUGAUAAUCUGUACUAAUAAACAAGAAAUCUGAGCUAAGAUACCCCAAAUUCAGCUGAAAUCCCAGAUUUAAAAAACUGAAUUUUGCAUGCAACUGUGUACAUAUAAAGCAACUUUGCUUAUUGGAGCUCAUUUAUAAUGCCUCUGCUAGUCACUGGGGAGUGCUAAAUAGCUACAGAUAAAAAGUUUAGAUUUACCUGGACCUUCAACCUUGCCUUUGCAGGACUUUAAAUGUCUGUGGCCUCUUUCAGUGGGUGGGAUGUGUUUGUUAGUACUAUUUUGUAAAAAGCUUUGAGACAACAACAACAACAACAACAACAACAACAACAACAACAACAACAACAACUUAAUAUGAAGGACAUAGAAGUCCCAGUCACUGACUACUUAAAGUUUUACUUGAUGCUCCUUCCCUCUGUUCAGGCACAGGAAAAUUUAUUUUUAGCAGCCUUAAUGUCUAGAAAAUGCCUUUCCAAAAAACCUAACUUUAAAGGAUGAUGGAAGUAAUCAGGGUGUUAAAUUUGGUGGCCAAACCAAAUUCUGUACUUUGCAGAAUAAGCACAGACCUUGCUAUCCUGGAGAAUCUCUAGGGAGUAAAGCCGGUGGCUGUAGCAGGGAAGAGGGGGCUGCAGAUGGAGUCGGGUGGCUGGUGCUGAGCUCAGCAGAUAAGGAACCCACAGUAAACAGCGUGGAGAUUCUGUGUAUGGUUGGUGGAUGCAAUAAUAUGUGGGAUUUGUUUGAUAUGCUGCAGACGCUGUAGAGUAGACCUGUCAUAUGCACCUUUGGUCCAGGCAGGGCUGGGUACCACUUAAUGAACUUUGACUCCUGACAUUCUUCAAGGGUGAACAAAAGGUCAGAAAACAGACACACUUACAAGAGAGUCCGCAAUACACUAAUUAGAGCUGUGCAAAUAAGGAUGCCGGAAAACUUAAGUCCCUAAGCCAAGCUUAAGGAACUUCUGCCCCUCCAGAUGUUGCUGAACUACAACCCCCAUCAGGUCCAGCUAGCAUGGCCAAUGAUCAGGGAUGAUCAGAACGGCAGUUUAGUGACAUCUGGAGGAUCAAAGGUUUCCCACACUUGUCAAAUAUCUCUUUUCCCCCUAUCCAUUCAACCCUCCCACUGAACAAAUACGUAGAAAACAAGACUGCUGAAUGUCUGAUGGCCGGGCUUGAUUAAUGCUGUAUGUAAACACGUGGGUUGGAUACACUUUGGGGAGCCAUGGCUGACUACAGCUUCCUGGUACAGUGGUACCUGAGGUUAAGUUCUUAACCUGAAACUGUUCUUAACCUGAAGCACCACUUUAGCUAAUGGGGCCUCCUGCUGCUGCCGCACCGCCGGAGCAUGAUUUCUGUUCUCAUCCUGAAGCAAAGUUCUUAACCUGAAGCACUAUUUCUGGGUUAGCGGAGUCUGUAACCUGAAGCGUAUGUAACCUGAAGCGUAUGUAACCCGAGGUACCACUGUACGUAUUUAGCUUCCAAAUGUUAUGUGUGCUCACUGAGAGAAACACAGUGGAUAAGUGACAUAAGUGGCUAUUUACAUGGCGAGUCUGUCUGUCUUGCUGAUUAAGUUACAUUUGUAUAAUGCACCUUUCCCUGCUGAUCUGAGCAAUUGAGGAGAGCUGGUCAUGUUACAAAGACCUAAUCAGGCUGCAGGGAUCAUAGUUUAGGUGCCAUAGAUGAUGGUGCUUGGUUGUGAGAACCCCAAGAGUACACUCAAAUGCACAUCAUUUGGACAGUGUGAAGCCUACUCAACACAUUUUGUUCAGUCUUGUACAAUCUUCUCUCCAGGAUUAAGCUCAGUUGCUGCAAGAGCUGGGUGGGCAUUUUGCUAAUUAGCUGGAACUUAUGACCUCACAAGCCCACCUUCCCGUAAUUCCCUUCCUGGAGCAGCUUUUCAGCUUUUAAAAAAUGGGGAGGGUGGGGAGAGUUAGGAGGGAAAUGUAGUUUUAAUUGCAUAAAUAUACAUGAGAUGCUUUAGCAAAAAUAAAGGCAAAUAGCCUCACUGGAAACACAGGAGGAAGAGAUGGAAGUAAGGAGGUCUCAGGGUGUCAUUUCUUCUGCAUUUUGAAACAAACAAAUUCUGCCAUAGGCAGAUAAUACAAUUCUUCUGUUUUAUUGCAUUUCUCCAAAUUCAAUGAUGCAGUCCUCUGAUUCUGGAUAAAAUACAUAGUGAAGCAUGCAUUUUAAGGUGGAAUGUGUAGUAAAAUACCUAUUUUAUGAGGGAAAUACAUUCAGAAAUAAUGCACAUUUUUGUGUGUAAAAAAUAAUAAUAAUCACAGAUUGACAUGGAAAUAAAUUGUGAAUAAAUAUGUGCUACAGACACAGACAAGAAAUAGAUGCAUUCCUCACUUGGUACCAUGCCAAUGGCUGAAUCAGUGUUUGAGUUACUGAUAUGUCUGCCUAUCAAUUGCUUUAUGAAUGCAGGAAGAUCGCCAGCCUGGCUCAGUGGGAGAAAAAUCCAUGCUAAGUCUGUUUUUUAUUUGUUUGUUUCUUAAAAGUUUGUGUAUGCCUUUAAAAAAGCCAGGAGGAAAGGGCUUGCGUCCUGUCUUGCUUAGAAAGAAAUUCUUCAAAAGGGAAUUGGUGGUCUUGCCUGUCAGCAGCCCAUCUUCUCCAUCUCUGUCUCUGCUUUGACGAUCAGUUAUAUUCAGAAAGUAGUCAGAAAACUAGCUUCAGGCUGCAUGAUGACCUCAGCCCUGGCUUCAGGCUACAAAAAGGCAGAGGCCAGCCUCGUUGCCAAGAUUUGCCAUGUCAUGCAUUUUUUUGAGGGCUCACAUACAUAUGCUGCAUGCUUGAGGUAUCAGAACCAUGGUAGGAUGCACAGAGUGCAAGGGCUGCACUAGCGGAACUGAACUUUCCCCAUCUCUCAUCUCCCCUGCAGCGCACCCCGCCCCCAACUCAGCUCUGGAAGGUUGAGGGGCACUGGAGAAGAUUUGGGGGGCACAUUGGGCGAGGAGAGGAAAUGUAGCUGCUGCUGCUGCUGCACCAGUGCUGGCUCUGCUCUAUAUACAGCCCUCUAUGCUUCAUGCUAGGCAUAUCCCAUUGUGAGGAGCACUGCAUAUCUAGCUAGCCUUCCCUUUGGCUUUUCCCUGCCAUGCCACCGAUUUUCUUUAAGCAAGCAGCUUGGUAUCUGCAACCUGAAGUACAGUUCUCGCCCUUCCGAUGUUUGCAAAGUGUUUAGGCACUUCUUAGUCAUCCAUUGCUGGAGGAAAAAUGCAGAAAUGGUGAUUGGUUCUCCCCGUGAGCAAAUGGGUGCAGCCCUUAUCGGUCCUUGCUAGACUAGCUAGUGGAAGUUGGCGGUUUUAAUCUUUUCUCAACUAAAGUUUAAUCCUUCCUUAGCUGUCUGUCCAUCUGGCUCCGCAUUGUUUAUAUUUUUCUGUAACACUUCACUAGUCCAGCCUGGCUACAAAAGGCCCAAAGAGGUUAAUGAAUAUAAUGCUUAAGUAUAAUGCUAAGUUCUCUCACUUCCUGAAACAAAUCAGAAAUCCAGAGGCAAGGUUACAGGGUUUAGUUUUCUUUGGAGGCUUAUGCUGUCUGUGAUCUCUUUAUAUACUAAUAUACAAGCUCAGGUUUUGUAAACAGAGAAGCAGGCUCCUCAAAACAGGCUGCCCAACUACUAAUCCCGCAUCAGGCUCUAAGAACAAAUGUGUGGACCCCUGCAGCUUUCACAGUAGUUUCCAUCCAGCUGAACUCCAGCUUUAACUGACUUUGUCUUUCCCAUAUUCAGACAUUGCUUCUUCCACUCUCAGAAGGGUCUCCCCUUCCAAAGUCUGAGGAGAGAGCGUUCCAGUCGACAAGGAACAUUCUUUUGUUGAAAGUCCCGGACUAUCCAUUAGGUUCAGGGGUAGUGAACCUGUGACCCUCCAAAUGUUGUUCAACAACAACUAUUAUUCCUACCUAUUGGGUCUGAUGAGAGUCUAAUAACAUCUGGAGGUCCACAUGUUCCCUAGCCCUGUUUUAGCUGUCUGGUGAUAGACCUGCUCACAGUAAUCAAGGCAACCAAACUCAUAAACAUAAUGGUGCAGGAAGUGCUCAGGGCUUUGGUUAGUGCUCAGUGUUUAGAUUAAUGUCAGUCGAAGCCAGCUGAGAAUGUGGACAUAGCCUAUGAAUAAGUUGGGGUGAUUCACCCAGAUGUUGAAAAACAUAGGGGACAAUAUCAAACCUUGUUGUCAUGAUACACCAUGAAGCAUAUCAGCAAUCUACCAGUUAUGCCACCUGGAACUUUUUCCUUGUUUUUUUAAUGAUUCAACUCUCCAUGACAUGAAUAACUCAGUGAGUUUCAGAGUUGCCGUAAGGUGAUUGUGUUGUGUCAUUUAGCUCCAUGAGUUUUUGGAUGAAACUGGUUAUCUAGAGCAAGCGUGGGCAACCUGUGACCCCCAGCUUAAUUUCAUGUAAGUGGCAAGAAGAGUGGGUAAUGGGGGAAAGGAGUGGCAGAGAGAGAGAACGAACAGGUGCCCCACCCACCUUUGGUUGUGCCCCUACACACUACCAGUUAAAGCCCCUGACAGAUGUCACCUGAGGGAAUGCAGCCUAUUGACAGGGAAGAGGCUUCCCAUCUCUGAUGGCUUCUAGAUACUGUCCAGUUGACCCAUGCAGGGCCUUUUGGUGGUCAUUCCCCUUUUGUGGAACCCCCUCCCUAAUGCAUUUCAAACAUUGCAAAACAGUUAAAAACACCCAAAACAUUUUGAAUAUCUGAAAACAUUUAAAACCAAUAAAAUGCAGUUACUGAUUUCAAGGUUACUAAUGUUUGCCACUCAGAGCUCCUUGGGGAGGAAGGGCAAGAUACAAAUGUAAUAAAUAACUAAGUCCACGUUUGGUCCUGAAAUCUCCUUGGUCAUUUUGGUGGAUCUUCUAGGCUUAGAAAUAGACAGGGAGAAUAUAAGACUGUUGAUUCCUCUCCAUCUCUCAGCUGCUUUCAGAGACCACUUACAUUGGACUUUGGGGUUGUUUUUAAUUAUCUGGCUCAUGGGCUGUCUGACAAGAUUGGGAACUGGAGGCAUACUUUGCUGUGGUUCUGUUUCUACUUAUCAGGCAGGUCCCAGAUGAUAGUGUUGAGUGACUGCUGCUCUGCCCAGCCUUUGUGUCCCUCUUGGCUUUGAACAUCUACAUGAAGCUGCUGGGAGGAGGAGUCAGGAGAUUUGGAGUGAACCUGAGGCCUUCCAGGUGUGGCUGAACUUCCCAUAAUCCCCAGUGGUUCGCCAUGCUGACUGAGGCUGGGUGUUUGAGGCCAGUGACAUCAGGAGGUGAACUUCCUUCCUGAAUGUGGAUGGUGAGGACUCUCUGACUGGUGCAGGGAAGAAGAGGGAGUGGGUGACAGAACAGAAUAUUCUGGAAAAGGGUGUGCCUGGCUGUUUGGAACCCUGGAGCAUUUUGGAGUGCCUUCUUUCAUUCCAGGUCCCACAUGUGUUCUCAUGAAUUUAUUACCCCAGUAUCUGAGGCAGGAGGCUCUUGAGUCACAGACCAGGGUGCCAGCUUCAGCUAUUUAUCAAUUGUCUAGUUCUUCUACACGCCUCCCACUGUAAUCUCCUGAGGCUGUUUUUGUUUUUUGCUUUCUCUUCUAUUUUGCUCCACUGCUGCAAGGCAACAAAGCAGCGAAGUCUGAAACAGAAACUUGCUUUCAUUUGGAAAUGGCGGCAUCUUGUGUGUCACACCAAUGGAAUGUCCUCUGUCCUCUGGGUCAUGGUUUCCAUGUGCUGGCCAGAUGCCCUGGGAAUUACUUUCUGCAGAGGCAGCAGCGGUUACUGUGCUGGGCUGCCACGUUGUUUCUGGGUACUUACGCACCACACAGCCUCGUUGCGCAUUCCAGCAGCGGCCACACCUUCUUGGCCUGGAUUUCGCAAACAAUGCACCUGCUAUUGGAUGCUUGAAAAAAGGAGGGAGGUGAGUGAGAAGAGGGUGGGCAGGGCAGUCAGUCAGUGGCUGAGGCAGCAACAACAGGGGGCUGCUCCUGCUUGGGCCUCUGAGGAGCCCUGUUUGUGCUCCCCACCCCCAAAGGCAACAUGUUCUUGUCUGGGCCAGGAGACUCCAUCAGCUUUUUGUUUAGCCAGUGAAAUGUUUCCUAGGUUCUUCCAGUAAAAGGGAUCUGCUUUGUUUUCUGCUGCCUUGUUUUCUGGCAAGAUACCUGUGCCAUCAAGGAAAUAUAUUGUGCAAUGAUGAGCAAAACUGCAUCUGUUUAUUAAGCAUGCAUCCUGAUUUGCAAGGAGACUAGACGAUGUUGGCUCUCCAUUCUGAUUUGUUCACAGGGAGGUUAGAUGAUGUUGUAUCAAGCAACAUCCACGCUUGUCCACGCUUUCCAGCUCAUGUUUCUGUCACUUUGCUUAUCGCAAGUCUGCUCUUCGGGGGAAGGGGUUUUGUUGCACAGUAUGUGAUUGAAUCCUGUCCAAAAAUAGUGAUAGCUCAGAAGCACCCUGUCAUACAGCCAUCAAAGGCACCAGAGUCAGCCAGAUGAAAGGCAACUUGGAGGUGUGCUCUCCCUCUGGAAAAUGUGAAAUAUCUUGGGGCUUGAAACCCUGCAGUUCUAUGUGUGGCAUUGACACACAUGCACCCAGGUUAUUGCUAGGCACGUAUAGUAUAAGGCAUUGGCCCGUAACACAAAUUUGUACAAAUUUAUAUGUACCAUGAAAUUAAGGAAGUGAGUGGCUGGAAUCUCACCAUUACUGUCCUCUGCUACACACCCCAGCUACUCUAUAAGUAAGUUUUUAAGAGUGGGGAGGACAGGAGAGAUGCAGCCUGCUGCAAAAUACCUGGGGUUUGGGCUCCCUGAGCCAGCCACUAACCUUGGACAGCUCAGUUGGUUAGAGUGUUGUGCUGAUAAUGCCAAGAUUGCAGGUUCAAUCCCCAUAUGGAACAGCUGCAUAUUGCUGCAUUGCAGGCAGUUGGACUAGAAUGGUCCUCAAUAGCAGGUACAUUGUUUGUGAAAUCCAGGCCAAGAAGGUGUGGCCCCUGCUGGAAUGCGCAACAAGGACCAUUCUCUACAAUUCUAUGAUUCUAUGUCAAUGUCCCUGGGCCCUUUUGAGGAGAGGAUUGUGGCUCUUCCUCCACAGCUACUGAAAAUCUAUCUGAGGACCUUGUGGUGCACAGAGUUAUUUUGCCUAUCUGUGCCACUUCUCCUACGAGCGCCCAGAUGUAGAGAACAUUUUAGCUAUUGCUGGAGAGCCAGCACUGAUCUUAUCAUGCAGAUAGUAACUGUACCAGAGAAGCAUGAUGGAGGGCUGCAACUCUGGAUGGAAUUUAGUGCCUCUCAGGCGAAGAGCCCAGAUAUCACAAGGCCCCUGGGACUACAGAACCAAAGAGCAGCCCGCUCUGGUCCCAUCUAUCAGCCCAAGGGCUGCUGGGUUGUGUGAGCUUGGGAGCGCAUGUGUAUUAUUGCAACCUGUUGUAAGCAACCUUGUGAACUGUUUGAUUGAAAGGCAGGGUGCAAAUCUUCAGACUUAGUAUCUUGCCCCCUUAUUUUGAAGCUAUGGAAACAGGCCCAGGAGUGGUGGGAGAUGCAAGGUUUGGUGUAGGUAAGCGAGUUGCUGAGCAAGUGAGGAGCAGUCCAUGGAUGAACAAUGCGCUUGUGUAAAGCACACUGUAGCACUGUGAUGCCUCAGUGCCUUGCGAAUUCUGCCCUUUUGGGAUGGCCUUCUUCCAGCCCUUUGUCAUACUAUUGUGGAAUGACGCAUUAGCAUUUUGGGCUGCCUCACUAUGCACAGCAGGCUUGUGGUUGAAAGGGCAUGCAUGUGUGUUCCUCUGCCAAGAACAGUGUUUGUCACACAGGCAGUGGGAGUGGGACUUACAAUGCAUGCUGAUCAGCUUCCAGCCCAGGGAGAACAACAGCCCAGCCAGAAGCAGAGACUCAGAGAUGGGCUCAGCUCAUCAAAAUUCAGCUCACGCUAACAGAAUCGUGAGAUCUGGCACCCAGAUCGGGGUGGGGGACGUCAACCCUGUUCAUUGUGCCAGCUGAUUAUGUGCCCAUUGGGGCUGGCUUUAUUUGUUUACCUCCUGUAAACUGUUGAGAAUAAAUGCAUGUUGUUGUUUUUUAAGACCAGUUUAAACGCAGAGGCAAUGGAACAUCUUUAUCUCAUAUGAACAAGCAAAAGUACACAAUCUCUUUGAAUUCGGGGAGGGAGAUAGAUCGCUGUUGAGAAGUGCCUGUUCUGCAGGUGGUGGGGCUCAAAAUAUAUACAUGGAACGAGUUAAUUGGAGGGAAGAGGGAAAGCUUGUUCUGCUUGAUAAAGUUUUCUUCAGCAGCCACAGAGGGAAAUGCAUGCCUUCCGUUGGCAUCCCUGCUUACUACUGUAUUGUGAAUUGCUUGUUUGCCUAACCAAACAUUGCACAAGUGCCUCUCUCUCUGCGCGGUGGUUGGAGCUGAUGGGUCACAAAGGAAUGCUGCGGGAAGAGGAAGAGUCUGCUGGAUGUUUUCCCUUUAAAAAAGAGCAAAUGCCUGGGAAAUGCCAGGCCUGGGGGUUGCUGGGCCCCAGGAAUCAGCCUGUGAACCUGAGCCAGGGGGCUGGCCGGAGUCAAGACAACAGCAGGUGAGAUAGAAAACCAGGAGCCGGCUCUGCCCUGCCCAAACUUCCAUGAGCUGCGCCAGACUGGAUGGGCACCUGUUUUUGUCGCCUCUUCCCAGUUCCGAUUCGAUUCGCCCUGGGAAGAGGGUUGCUAUUGUCGCCUCCCGGGCAGGCAGCCACGCCCUCGUUGUGCCCCAGAUUUGGCCGUGAUUGCAUGGAAGGGCAAAGACGGCAGUGGGUCACGAAGACGCAGGUAUGGGCGGCGCUGUUUUCCUCCUGCUGCUGCUGCCGCCAAUUUCCCGGCCGCCUCCUCCUUUUUUAGCUUUGCCUUGCGGUCCCAGGGGUGCUGAGCUGUGCAAGGACCUGCCUGGCACCUGGUCCCUUUUCUCCCGCGUCCUCCCCUUUCCCUCGGCGCAACAGCUCAGCUGCCUAGCAGGCUGGCCUUCUGCUCGCUCUGACCGCAGCAGACUUUGCGCCAAGAACCAGCCGGGGGGACUUUAGGAGCGCAAUCCGGAGCGGGGUAGCCAGACUGGGGAGGCGCCUUUGCAAAAAAGGAGGGAGGCUCCUCCUCCACUCCGGAUUCCCAGCGCCGGGCUUUGGCUCUGCUCGACCCCGGGUGGCCGCUCCUACCCUUAAGACCAUUGAGAUGCUAAUACCCGAAGUGCCGGGGGCCGUGGGCUGGGCUGGCCGGGGUCAGCUUCGUCCGCCUACCCUGCCGGUUGCGUACGUGAUGGGCCCCCAUCUGGAGCAGCAGCAGCAGGUGGGGCCGCGGAUGACUUCUGAGCUCGGCUUGGUGAGAAAUUUGGGGAGGGAGUGGCGGGCAGGGGUCGGAGAUGGGUUAUGGUUGGGGGUCCCCCUCUCGACCCCUCCCCAGCUGCUGCUCUUAUCCUGCGCGGUGCUGGAUCGGAACCGAUCCUCUUUCUCCCGCACCUGCUUGGACGGCUCUUACCCUGAGCCACGCCCCCUCUUCUCACCUCUCUCCUGCCGCCGCGGGGAGAGAAGUCGCAGCCUUCGCCCCACGGACGCGGCGUGGAAUGCUGCCCCUCGAGUUCGCCGCGAGUCCGCAGCCGGCGGCAAGAGCUUGAGCUCUUGCACGGUUUUCACUCUGCAUAACUCCCCCCUGUUGUUUCCUGAUCCUCGUCUAUCGCCUUCCCGAGCGCUUUGUGUCCCUGCCAAAGUGGGCUCUAGCUGUCGAAAGUUCACCCGGCAGUGCUUUUGUGUACAGAACUCCCGUUGUUGUUGUUCUACUGCUACUACGAACUUCAUUGCUAUUGUGGAAUGAAAGGUUUGCUCCAAUUCCUCCUUAACUUGCGCUUUUCCUAACCCUUCCCCAUCGCGUGGUUCUAAGAGUGGCUAGUAGCUCCCCCUCCCCUUCCAGUGGACGUGGGUGCCUUUGUUUAAAAAUCUGGGAAGGCACGCCAAGUGAUUUGGGGGCUGGGGAUGUCUUCUGGCUUAGCAGAUGGUUGCAAAAAAAAGGAUAGGAUCUCCCGUUGCCCAUUCUCUCAAGUCACCUAGACAACAGUGGUGUGUUGAGUCUUGCAGUAGUAAACACAAUUUUAGUUUUACUGGAUCAAACCGAUGACCCUGCCAGCUCCAUUUCCUGUCCCCCAGCAGGGCAAAUAAUGAGCCAGUUGCUUCAGGGAGCUUUGUAUGCCUUCUUCUUGUGCUAUUACAGUAGGAUGCUGUGCUUGUCUGUUCAGAGGUAAGCCCCCUGGAGUUCCCUGGGACUUACAGGUGAGUGUGUAUAGAAUGGCAGCCUUAAAGUACCUGAUUCCAGUCCAUGGGCAUGUGAAAGAAUCAGGAACAUUCUUUCCCCUAAUAAAUCAUGACCCCUAUAGCAGGGGUCAGCAACCUUUUUCAGCCAUGGGCCAGUCCACCAUCCCUCAGACCUUGUGGGGGGUCGGGCUAUAUUUGGGGGGGUGAAUGAAUUGCUAUGCCCCACAAAUAACCCAGAGAUGCAUUUGAAAUAAAAGGACACGUUCUACUCAUGUAAAAACACACUGAUUCCAUCAGGCCGGAUUGAGAAGGCAGUUGGGCCACAUCCGGCCCCUGGGCCUUAGUUUGCCUACCCCUGCCCUAUAGCUUAAAGUGACAGGUGAACAACUCUGCCUGUGAAUAUGUGGUGAGCAUUUGCUCUAAUUAUUAUAGCUCUCAAUGUUUUGAAUUUUUUGUUAGCUUGCUUGGAUCCUUUAAAAAUUCAGUUUUGUCUGUUGCUACUGUUGGUGAUUGUGCCUUCUGGUGGCAGACAGUUCCAUAGGUCAGCUGCGUCUGAGAGAUACCAUGUACUAAUUUAAUUUAUAACUGGUGUAUUGUAUCAUUCUAGAGUGAUAUGAAGAAAUGAAUAAGCUCCUUGGUGUAUUUUCUUUUUCCAGUCUUCCUAUGCCAAUGCAGUGCUUAAGUGGAAAGGCUUAAAAUGAACUUUGUAUUCUUCAGAAUGAAACCUUAUUCUCUUACAGUGCAAUCCUAUACAUGUGUACUCAAAAGUAAGUCCUACUGAGUUCAUUGAGGCAUAUAUAUUGCAAGCUAAGUGGGUAUAAGAUUGCAGCCUUAAUCCUCCUUUUUGAGCCUGAGGGUUCAAACUUAUGUGUGCUUCUUUGAGAGCAAUGCCUGUUGAACUUUGUGUACCUCGCCUCUGAAUCAAAGGAUUGGGUUGUGAGGAGUUCUGAUCUUUUUCUCACACCUUUUUUUGUAUGACAUACAUUGCAAACUCCUGCCUAUUGUUCUUAUAAUAGUUUGUUUACAACUGGUGUAGCAUGGGGUGACUGAAAUGUUGUAUGAGGGCGGAGCAUGUAUUGCUUUUUAAAACCUUUUUCAAAUUACCUCAAAUGUUGGGAACAAAAUAAGCUCUCUCUCACACACGUAUAUAUGUAUGUGUGUUAAUAGGUACUGUAUUUUCCGCUCUAUAAGACGCAUUUUUCCCUCCUAAAAAGUAAGGGGAAAUGCAUGUGCAUCUUAUGGAGCGAAUGCAGGCUGCGCAGCAAUCCCAGAAGCCAGAAUAGUGAGAGGGAUCGCUGCACAGCACUCCCUCUUGCUGUUCUAGCUUCUGGCUUAGCCCCUCAGUCCCUUCCCCCACAUCCCGGAAAAGCCCCCAAGAGCCGCGCUCCUUUUAAAGAGCUGCGCGGAGCAUGUGUGCGGUUCUUGGGGGCUUUUCUCCGAGGAGGGAGAAGGGCAGCCCGUCAGUGAAAGGGAGUACUGAGCAGAGCCUGGAAUGCAUACAGGCUCUGCUCAGCGCUCCCUUUAAAUAAUUUUUUUCCCCUUGCAUUCCCCCUCUAAAAACUAGGUGCGUCUUAUGGAGCGAAGACGCAGCGAAAAAUACGGUAUACACAUACAGACACAGACACACACCAUGUCAGUCCAUUGGCCCAUCAAUCUGGCAACAGCUUUGUCGGGCUUCAGAUGGGAUCUCUCUCACCCUACUUGGAAAUGCUACAGAUUGAACCUGGACCUAUUGCAUGUGAAGUCUGUGGUUUGCCACUGAACCACAACCCCUCCCUCAGAUGUUUUACUUGCCUUGUGGUGGCUGCAGUGCAUUGGAUUGGAAAAAAAAAAUCUUAGCUGAGCAGCCCACAAUUGUUGCACAAUUUUCUUAAGUAAUACAAUUAACCCAGUCAGAAAUAUGUAGGGUAUAAAAGCAUGCAUUAAAAAAUGUGUUGGUUAGGCAGCCUCUCUUCUGACUGGCUCCGUCAUGACAUGCCUCUAUUGGAGGACUUGUACCUUCCACAGAUAUCGUGUCCCUGACUUGUGGGAUGUGUGGCCAUGCAGCUGUGGUCAUUCAACUUGAUAACCUCUUUGUCUAACCUAGAGUGUAGCCAAUGUGGUAUAGUGGUUAGAGUGUUGGACCAGGACCUUGGGAGACUGGGUGACUUUGGGCUAGUCGCUGCCUCUCAGUCUAACCUACAUCACAGGCUUGUUGUGUUACUAAAUGAGGAGGGAGAGGACCACCUAUGCCACCUUGAGCUCCUUGGAGAAAGAGGUGGGAUAUAAUUGCAAUAAAUCCGUAACUAGCACAAAGGCAAGGGGGCAAGUUAUUUCCCUUUCCCCUCUCAAUUACGUGCCACAGCCAGUUAGUCAUCACUGACGGAAAACCCUGUCCUCAGAAGGUGGGAGACUUGCCGGAAACGUGGGUUUUAUUGCUCGUGUGUUUCUGGCACUUUCCUCCUACCCUGAAGCCAGCAGUGAGGAGGCUGUCCAGAACUAAAAGCCUCUUUCAUCCACUAGGAAGCCGGCUGAUAGUCAUCUGUAGGCUGGAUUUGGCCCAUGGACUUCCAGCUUGCCGCUGCUGCUUUAUAAGGAGCUGUUGGCUCGGAUGCUCUGUCCUGAUCCCAUUUGCUUCUCUUUCAGAAAUGACUCUGCUCUCCUCCCAGCCGGCAUCACUGGAGUCUGCGGCCACUGCAGCCACCACUCCUAACCCAGAGCAAAGGAUGUUGGAGAAGAGGGCAAAGGUCAUUGAAGAGCUGCUGCAGACAGAGCAGGAUUACAUCCGGGACCUUGAGAUGUCUGUGCAGAUGGUCCUGGUGCCGCUGCAGGAGGCACAGGUGGGAGUGGCCAGUUUGUGGCAGCCAAUGGUGGGCUUUCAGUUGACUUUUCUUUUUGGCCAGGGAUGGCGUGUGACUUAGCAAUAUUUGGAGCCAUUGGAUAUGGAAGGUUGGGCUUAACCAGAGAUAUCUGCCUUUAAUUCUAACCAUACUGUUUCUCAGCCUAACCUACCUCGAAGGGUUGUUGUGAGGAGGAAAGGGGGUGCUAUAUGCACCCUGGACUCCUUGGAGGAUAAAAAUGAGAUAACAGAAUAUUGUGUGAAAUGGUGGUGCUGAUGAGUGAUAUUCCCUGGAAGGUGUGGUGGGUGCACAGAACAACUGUUUAGGUCUGGGAUAGAGAAUCUAUGACCUUACUGAAUUGUAUUAAUCAUUUUGAUGAAUGGUGUUGUUUUAUAUUUUCUGAUAUUUUGAAUUACUAUAACUUCAGUGAUUUGUUUUAACCAUGUUGAUAAAUUUGUUGCUGUUUGCUUUAUUUUAUGUUACUUUGUUUAAUAGUACAGUGAUUGUAAGGUUUAUUGUUUUUUUAUUUAUUGUUUUGCUAUUGUGAUUCUUGUGAGCCACUCUGAGCUCAGCAUUUGUUUUUGCAAAAAGCGGAAUAGAAAUAUUAAAUCAAAAUCAAACCUGUGGCUCUUCAGAUGCUUCUGCCAUCCCUGACCAUUAGCCCUGCUGGCUGGAACUGAUGGGAGUUGGACUCUGGAGAGCCACAGGUUCCCCAUUUAGGUGACGCUUAGGAGCUGGAAGGGCCUCUUUCAAGCCUGCGGGUGCUCAUGCUGGCAGUGCUGAUGUCAGUUUGUGUAUAUACUGGGAUGUCACUGAGCAUCAAGACCUGGAGAACUCUGGUGUUCUCCCACAAUGUUUUGUAUCUUCAGAGAGAAGGAAAACUGCCAAGGACUAGCUCAUUCGUGUGAGCAGGGUGUGUCCUUGGGAGCAGCCUAUCUGUAAAUAAGAGUCCUCUGUGAAAACAAUUUCCUUUUGCUUCAACACACUCCCUUGCUUCCUAGGUGCCACAGGUAGACUGUGAGGGGCUGUUUGGGAACAUCCACGGUGUCAUUGCCUUCUCUAAGCAGUUGCUGAGCACCCUGAAAGCUGCAGAUGCUGUUGGUAGGUGCUUCAACCAAAACUUUGGGGCAUCUCUGACCCUAGGAAUAAGAGUGGAGCAAAGGAUGCUGGUUAAAGUGGUCAUAGACAAAGGCAACAGUUCAAGUGGUCUAUUCCAACAAAUCCAAUGCCUGGGCCUGACUUCCCUUUGUUUCCUUAAUCUAUAACCAGGCCUCUUCUUUUGAGGUCUCCUAGCUUCAGUAGAGCUGGGAUAGAGUCACUGUUCCUUUGCCAGUCUACAGCCUGAUCUGUAUGGAGUCUGGCAUAUCAAAGUCCAUUAAAAUCAGAGGUUAAGCAUGCCUCACUCUGCACAGUACAGCCCAAGGCAGGCGUUGCACUUUUUCUCUGCUUGCAAACAAGAGUAAAUCCAGAUGGCUUGAACAAGUGAAUCAAGCUAUAGGAAAGGCUUUUUAAUGGGUCACCAGUCAAUAGGACAUGAGGUGAGAAUCAUUCCUUCCUGCUUUGGGGGCUCUAAAUAUGGCAGUUGCUUAGCCUUCAGCCUGUUCUUGGUUUCUCAUUUCAUGGUGUCCAGGAUGGAAGAGGAGAAAGCAAUUUGCUGGUGGGUGUAAGCAAAACCCACCCUCAUACUCAUGAGCCACAUACAUUUGUUUAUUUUUAUUGAUGACCCAAUAACACAGUUCUCUGAGCAGCUCGCAAAGAUAAAAUGAUGUAAUACCAUAUUAAAGAUCACGGCGCAACUGCAGUGUAAACAUUUCCAGCAGAAAGCAACAUAAAACCCAAAUAUGCAGUAAGUGAGAUAAAAAGUCCGAUUUUAAAAUCUCUUUUUUAAAAAACCUGGGAGAAUAAGAUCUUCAUCUGGUGUUGAAUAAAUUGUAAAGAAGGUGCUACUCACCUCACUUUACCUGCCUGGGCCACGUGAAACAGGGCCACUAAGGUUUGGGCAGAUAGAUAUCAGAGGAGGCAGAUCUUUGGGGUAUCCUGAUCCCAAGCCCUUGAGGGCCUUAUACAUAAGAGUAUCUCUCAAUAUCAGUAUAGCCAUGGGUAUGUAAAAAGGCAGAGAGAUGUGCUGUUGAGUGCCCAUGUGUAAGUGUUGGGUGACACGCUGUCUGCUCCCCCACCCUUCUGGAUUGGCUGCAGUGUGGGAAGGGAAUAUUGUUACUGGCUGGCCAUUAAGAGCCAUUUCCAUCAGGAAGAGAGCUGCUGAGUGACAUGUGCCUUUUCUCCCCCGAAGGGCCAACAUUCCUGGCAUUUCGGGCUGAGCUGGAGGAUGUGUACAAAGUCUACUGCCAGAACCACGACGAGGCCAUUGCCCUUCUGGAGGCCUAUGAGAAGGAUGAGCGGGUCCAGAAGCAUCUGCUGGAGUCCCUGGAGAGCCUCAGGUGAGAGGGCAGCUGCCCAGGCUCUUUUCUCACAAUCCCACCCAACUGCUGUACUCUUGACACAGAGGGAUAAUUUGGCCCUGAUCCCCUCUCCUUCCCGGUUAGAGCAGAAGAACCUGCUUGUUUGUCACUGGACUCCACUGGUUUGUGCUGGGAACAGAAUUUCAGAUGCUGCCCAACCACUGAACAUUUCCUCCAGACAUGACCCUCAACCAAAAUAGCGCAGAAGUCUGGAAGCUGUGGCCCUCCAGAUGAUAUUGGUCUCCCAAUUCCCAGCAUGGUUCAUGGUCAGGGAUGUAGUCCAGCAACAUCCUCAGCUUCCCAUUCCCUCCAGGCUAGGAGUUUCCUAGCUUGAGUGCAUCUAAGGCUGUUGCUUAGAAGGUGGAGAUGGCAGCAACCGUUCUAAUGCUUUUUCUUAUUUUAUUUUUUUCCUGUCAGGAGUCUGUACACUGAAUGGUAAGUGACCUUUUUAUACCAUCAGUCUGUUUCUUGCUGUUCCCCAGUUACGUUCUGUGCCUGAUUUCUCUUUGCUGUCCAUACCUACCCACAAAAAAUGUACAGUAUGAGUAAGGGUUUGGGUCAAUCAUUCAAAUCUUUAUUACGGUCAUACACCAGAAUACAAGGGUUUCAGUAUUUGUGCAUCUCUGCCUGAGGCAGGAGCAAGGAACAUGUCUGGGAAUGGGGUUCUUACAGGAGUGGGAAGAGAGGGCUGUAAGAGAUUAUAAGGGGUUCAGACUGCUGUGACCAUCUUGGCCUGCUCAGGAUGGGGAAGGAACUGAGUGAGAUGUGGGGCAGGAAUGCUACUGGGCUGGCUGGCUUUUAGGGAACAACUAGUCAACCAUCCAGGUAUUGUGAGUUCAGCUAGAAGAGGAUGAAGAAGUGAGUGAGUUUGGGACGAAUGAGAUGAGCUGGUUUUAUGUUGUCUGAUGAUAUAUAGUCUUUUGGGGGAGGAAGACGGGUGCGGCCUGUCUAGCCUCAGUAUGUGUCCCAAGGUAUUUAUUAAAUAAAUGUGUAGGCUACCUUUCAAAAUAUGAAUAUCUUUUCAAGGCGGCAUAGGCGAUUUAGUAAAAACAUUUUUAAACAAAGCAUCUCACACGUGCAUGCUUAUGCCAAAGAGCAGUUGGAAGGUGGGGGUUGGUUUGCCUGGGGUGCAGUGUUUGUGGGGUGAGAGUGUGGGUGACAACAUACGGGAUCCUCUGUGCUAACUUCCCCACCCCUUUUCUCAGGGGCUGCACUAACUACAUUGACCUGGGCUCCUUCCUGAUCAAGCCCGUUCAGCGUGUGAUGCGCUACCCGCUGCUGCUGAUGGAGCUUCUGGGCGCCACACCUGAGUCUCAUCCUGACCGUGCUCCCCUGGCAGCGGCUGUCCUUGCUGUCAAGGAGAUCAACUGCAACAUCAAUGAGUCCAAAAGGCGAAAGGACCUGGGUGAGCUGUGGGGCAGGGGAGACAACGUGGGGAAAGGGGAGGAGCAGCACAAGCACCCGCUUGAGACAAGCGAGGAAGAUGGAAAGCAGCCGAGCAUCCCUGUGUGGAAGAGUUGGGUACCGUCUAUGGAGACUGAGUGUACAGCAGGCUGGCUGUUGGAGGGGGGGGGAAGAGAUUGAGAAAGGUGAAGCGCCUUCUAGUGGCUGGUGGGAGUAAUAGCAAAAGUCCAUUUGGUUUAACCCAGUCAUGCUUCGUUGGCAGGAUGCAUUAUCCAGUUAUUGCUCCGUUACAAAGAGACAAAUGUCGAAAGGCAAAUGAGCCACUUACCUCUGGUCUUUGGAAGUGGUGGUGUACUGUGGGCUAGGAGUGAACUGACAGAGGAUUGUGUCUAGGCUGAGAGGGAAACUCCCCAGGAUGGCACAGUCCUUAAUGGAUCUUCUGUACUCUCAGGGGAUUAGACCAAGUGACUUUUGUUGUCCCUCACCACACCCUGUUAUUCCAUGACUCUUGGGAGCUGACUCUUGCUUCCACCGCUCUCUUUCAGUGCUGAAGUACCGGAAGACUGAUGACGACAGCCUCAUUGAGAAGAUCUCCAAGCUCAACUUCCAUUCCAUCAUCAAGAAAUCGAAUCGCGUCAGCAGCCACCUCAAGCACCUCACAGGUUUUGCACCGCAGGUAAAUGCUGACUCUGGCUACAUGUCUAUGGGGAUCCAUCACAAGCUCCACGGUACCUAUCAAGUCUCCUCCUCCUUCCUGUUACAGCUCAAAGAUGAGGCUUUUGAAGAGACCGAGAAGAACUUCCGAAUGCAGGAGCGGCUGAUUAAAUCUUUCAUCCGGGACCUUUCUCUCUACCUUCAGCAUGUCCGGGUGAAUAAACAUAUUUGUAGGGGAUGGGACAGGACCUUGUAAAGAACUGGGGACUGAGGGGAUGGAGUGACUAGCAAACUUGAGGGUCCUGCCUUGGCUAGCUUUGGGCAGAAGUUUCUGCGUCACAAUCUUGGCUCUGGUUGUGGCCGGACUUGCAGGGGUUGCUAACUGCUUUAGCCCCACUGACGUCUGUGUCUCUCUGCCCUCAGGAGUCUGCCUGUGUUAAAGUGACAGCAGCACUGAGUAUGUGGGACCUGUGCAUGGAGAAAGGCAGUGCUGAGUUGGAACAGUUCCAGAAAGUCCACCGUCUCAUCAGCGACCAGCUCUUCUCUGAUUUCGUGAGUGAGGUCUUUGCUUCCUUCCUGGGUCAGGUGUUUCCUCCUCCUUCUGGGCACAGAAUCAGUUGGCUGCAGAAACAGAAGGAAAAAAACUUUGGAAGAGGCUAGAAAAAUAUUUCAGGAUGAGGGAAAAGCAAAGCAGGAGGUGGGGAGGAGGAAGCCUUUCAGGGUCAUGAAGCCAUUGGUUGUUGGAGGAGAGCUUGUGGCAAGGAGCUGGGAUAGAAGAGAUAUUGCAAAAUGGGCUUUCUCCUGAAAUACAUAUGGAGUGGUACUGGGCAGAGCAGGUGCCCUUCUGCCUUUGUUGACACUACAAACAAAUGUGUAUUGUCUUCCUCCUCCUCUUCCUCCUCCCAAUGAAUUUUCUGCAGCAAGAUAGAAACAAAACCCUUCCUUCCUCCAGUACAGCUUGUACUGAAACUAUAACGAAAUAAUGAUUUGCUACAGAAACGUGUGGGGGAAAGAGCAUGCUAUUUUGGUGUCCUUGUGCCCCUUGCAGAAGGAGCGCACAGAGCGGCUGGUGUUCUCCCCUCUGAAUCAGCUGCUGAACAUGUUUGCCGGGCCUCACAAACUCGUGCAGAAACGGUUCGACAAGCUCCUGGACUUCCACACAUGCACGGAGCGGGCCGAAAGGCUGAAGGACAAGCGGACCUUGGAAGAACUGCAGUCGGCUCGCAACAAUUACGAGGCCUUGAACACGCAGCUGCUGGAUGAGUUGCCCAAAUUCCAGUGCUGCGCCAAGGAGCUCUUCACCAGCUGCCUGCGCGGCUAUGCAGAGGCCCACUGUGACUUUGUGCACCUGGCGUUGCAGGAGCUGCAGCCUCUGCUUUCCGUAAGUGUGCAGGAGAGGCCAGGACCGUGCAGGCUGCCCAUCCUGAUUGGAGACUAGCGAGGGUCAGAAGGAAAGAGCAUAUAGGGCUGCCUGAUUUGCUGCCCCGUUGCAUUUGCACUGUAUUUUCAAUGAAUGCACUUUCCAGUUGGCGUGGAGGAGGAAAAGGCACACACUAGGUCAGCACAGUGCUCUUUGAAAGUUGCCUUCUGUGCCGGGAUUUCAUAUUGGCUGUUGCUUUCUCUCUCUGGUGCCUUUGGACCUUCUAUCCUCAAAUCCCCUCCGCUAGUCCAAUGGUUGUGAGUGACCGUUGUGCCUUAUACAAUCUCUGAAUUCCCAUGAGUUUAUUCUUUGCCCCAGGCUGUAAAUGCCACUGGGGGAAAUGGCAACAGGAAGGCACUGUUGAGCAAAGGAAGCUGCCUUUUAUACUGAGUCAGACCCAUCGGUCCAUCUAGCUCAGUAUUAUCUGUGUUGACUGGCAGUGGCCCUCAAGGGUUUUAGGCUGGAGCCCUUCUCAACGCUACCUGGAGAUGUUAGGGAUUGAACCUGUGACCCUUUGCAUCCGAAGCGUGUGCUCUGCCCCUGAGCUAUAGCCCCUCUGAAAUGGAAGGCUCCUUGGGAUGACGGUCUUGACACAGGACAUAACUGUUGAUAAUGGGCUCUAUUAGGAAGGAAAAGAAGGCACCAAGUCCUGGGUUUCUAGAGCUGUCUCUGUGUCUUCCCUUCCUGGAGCAAGGCUUCAUAGUGGCCUGUCUCUUGUGCCUAGCCGGGCUGCCCAUUUCCACUGUUCUGACGGCCCUGCUGCUCUCCUCUCUCCUAGCUGCUGCAGGUGGUUGGCAAAGAGGGCAAUCUGGUUGCCAUCUUCCAGGAAGAGCAUAGCCGUGUCCUCCAGCAGCUGCAGGUCUUCACUUUCUUCCCCGAGAGCACCCCCGCUGCCAAAAAGCCCUUUGAGAGGAAAAGCCUGGAGCGCCAGUCAGCACGGAGGCAGCCACUUCUGGGAAUGGUGAGCAACUGUGGGGGCAACGAUGGGCGGGGGACUCCUCUCAUUCAACAUGGGCACUGUCCAGUGGUGGGUGGCCUUGGCUUGAGGAACCAGGGCCAGGCACAGAGCACUGUGUGUCACUGUGUCACGCCUUCCCCAUCACUGUUUGGUGCUGUCACUUCCCUUGCAGCCCAGCUACAUGCUGCAGUCAGACGACCUCCGCGCCGCCUUGCUAUCUCGGUACCCCCCAGACAAGCUCUUCCAGGCUGAGCGCAACGUCAACGCCGCUCAAGAGUUGGACAUUUCAUUGCUGGAGGGUGACCUGGUGGGGGUCCUUAAGAAGAAGGACCCCAUGGGCAGUCAGAACCGCUGGCUCAUUGACAAUGGAGGUGAGUGGAGGCCUCUCUUGGGCUCCAGGCAAACCGUGGGACACCUCCUGUCCGGAGGAGCUUGUUCUGUAUCUAUUCUUUAAUUUGUGCGGGUUCCACACUCCCACCCAAUCUGGCGCUAAGUGCACUUAUUUUAAUUUCUAAAGGAACCACCUGUUCUUUCCAGAUAUCAAUCAAAGUCAUUCUGGUAGAGCUUCAAAUUCCUCUUUUAUUGACAGCUGCUUAUCACUCUCACUGGUGGCCUCAGGAGCUAUAUUUACUGCUAAGCAGGCUGCUGAGUCCCUACAGGCCCCAAUUCUUUUCCUUUCACACGGCUUUAAAAAUGCCACAAGUAUUUUCCUUUUUAUGCGCGCACAGCAGCAGUGCACAUUCUCCACCUCCCCAGUUCAGUGUUGGUCCAGUGUCCACAAUGAUACAGAAAUCUGGUGUUGGGAGACACCUUAUGCAGCUGUUUCCCAACGCACUGGCCAUGCCCUGUCUGUGCUUCUGAUUUCCGACCUUCCCUCCACAGUGACCAAGGGCUUUGUGUACAGCUCCUUCCUGAAGCCAUACAACCCACGAUGCAGCCACUCAAAUGUUUCUGUAGGCAGCCAUUCCUCAAGUGAAUCCGAGCACAGCGGCUCCUCCUCUCGUGGCAGCAGCACGCCAAGCAGCAUAGUGAGCAACGCAUCUGCAAACAGCCCUCAGAAACCUCCGCAGGACUCGGGCUUCCAAGGGGAUUUAAUGAGCUCCCUGCAGGCCCUUUCAGAGGUGGAUGCUGCUGAACAACCUAAGACUGGUCCUGUAGACUCUGCUCAGCCACCCCGGGCCAUUCCGGCAUCUCGCCGAUACAGUAACCCCGACCCACACAAUGGGCUUCCGGCCCGGCCCAAGGCCAGGGCGACACCUUCGCUGGAGAAUGGCAACUUGAGGCCGAGGACCAGCGAGUCUAAGGGGAACCAGGUGAGUGGGGAAGAGGCAUAUUUCUGUCUCUGUUAAUGGGCCAUUUCUAAUUCGACUGGCUAGCUGGCACAACCAAGGCUUCCUCUGAAAAUGAGCAUACAGUGGUACCUCAGGUUAAGAACUUAAUUCGUUCUGGAGGUCUGUUCUUUACCUGAAACUGUUCUUAACCUGAAGCACCACUUUAGCUAAUGGGGCCUCCUGCUGCUGCCGCGCUGAUGGAGCACAAUUUCUGUUCUCAACCUGAAGCAAAGUUCUUAACCUGAAGCACUAUUUCUGUGUUAGCGGAGUGUGUAACCUGAAGCAUAUGUAAACUGAAGUACCACUGUAUUGGAAGCCCAGAGUGAGUUCUGUUCCAUCUAAUUCAGUACAGCUAAUUCUUGGGACUUUAUAUAUUCAUAUUGUAUGGGCUAAGAUAUUUUUAGCCCGCUUUUCAAUUUGACAACAAAAUUCCCAAAGCAGGUGCUCUCAGUGUUAAAAAAAAAGGGGGGGGGGAGGAACAGCCUGGGACUUGUUCUGUGGGGCUUUGAAUGGUGCAGCAUGUUUCUUCCUACUUUUCCACUGACCUCCUCCCCGUUCUUUCUACUUUGAGGUCUACUAUGCUGUUUACACUUUUACGGGACGGAACUCAAAUGAACUGAGUGUCACCGCCAAUCAGAGACUAAGGAUUCUGCAGUUUGAAGACAUCACGGGGAACCAGGAGUGGUGGUUGGCAGAGGCACAUGGGAAGAGGGGCUACGUGCCGUCCAGCUACAUUCGGAAGACUGAGUACACGUGA